GCCACUCCAGGACAUCAAUCUGGCACAGGUGUGUGUGUGUGUAUGUGUGUGUGUGUGUGUGUGCGCGCAUUCAUGUGGGUGUGUCUGUGGCAGAAGAUUAAUGGCAUAUUACCCAUUCAUGUCUUCAUUACAAACAGUUUCCUUGGAGAGUAGGGUGAUUUGAAUAGCUAAAUUGUCCAAGCGCUGUGGAAACCAGGGCUAAUGGUCCUGUGUCCUUGUCACUGAUGGCCCACUGUCAAAGUCAAACUGAAGAUCUGAGGCACAGUCAGCUAUUGUCGGGCAAGACACAGCUCAACAGGGAGCCAAAUUGUGUGGUCGUAGAUUGAUAGAGAUUUGCCUAUUUCUGGUCUCUAUAUUGUGCUAUGUGUUGGCAUCAUGAUGUAAAGGAAUUGCUUCUUGGUGACUGAUUUAUGCUCUCUUCAUUGGACCUUCUAGUUCUAUGCAUGGUUAUUGGCUAAGAGCUAUGUGCAGCCGGGGUAGGCAAACCUGGUCCAACAGUAUAGAGCUGCAGUGUGUGCAAGUUUUUGUUCUAGCCCAGCACUAACACACCUGGUAAUGACAAUCAAAUAGUCUUGGUCUUCAAUUGAGGGUCUCUGGACACUGGACAGGAGUUGCCCAUUCCUGGUGUCUGCAAACUGGAGCUACCCGGACGUGGUCAUCCUCUCCUGUGGAUCACCUGGUACAUGUCCUCACUUCACUGUCUCUCUCCUUUUCGACACCAUCUCUGACAUUUAUGUGAUUAACAGACAAAUCAAAUCGAAUUUUAUUUGCCACAUGCGCCGAAUACAACAGGUGUAGACAUUACCGUGAAAUGCUUACUUACAGCCCUUAACCAACAAUGCAUUUAUUUUUUAAUAAAAAAGUAAAAUAAAACAACAACAAAAAAGUGUUGAGAAAAAAAGAGCAGAAGUAAAAUAAAAUAACAGUAGGGAGGCUAUAUACAGGGGGGUACCGGUGCAGAGUCAAUAUGCGGGGGAUCCGGCUAGUUGAGGUAAUAUGUACAUGUGGGUAGAGUUAAAGUGACUAUGCAUAAAUAAUUAACAGAGUAGCAGCAGCGUAAAAAUAUGGGGUGGGGGGGCAGUGCAAAUAGUUCAGGUAGCCAUGAUUAGCUGUUCAGGAGUCUUAUGGCUUAGGGGUAGAAGCUGUUGAGAAGCCUUUUGGACCUAGACUUGGCGCUCCGGUACCGCUUGCCGUGCGGUAGCAGAGAGAACAGUCUAUGACUAGGGUGGCUGGAGUCUUUGACAAUUUUGAGGGCCUUCCUCUGACACCGCCUGGUAUAGAGGUCCUGGAUGGCAGGAAGCUUGGCCCCAGUGAUGUACUGGGCCGUACGCACUACCCUCUGUAGUGCCUUGCGGUCGGAGGCCGAGCAGUUGCCAUACCAGUCGGUGAUGCAACCAGUCAGGAUGCUCUCAAUGGUGCAGCUGUAGAACUUUUUAAGGAUCUGAGGACCCAUGCCAAAUCUUUUCAGUCUCCUGAGGGGGAAUAGGCUUUGUCGUGCCCUCUUCACGACUGUCUUGGUGUGUUUGGACCAUGAUAGUUUGUUGGUGAUGUGGACACCAAGGAACUUGAAGCUCUCAACCUGCUCCACUACAGCCCCGUCGAUGAGAAUGGGGGCGUGUUCAGCCCUCCUUUUUCUGUAGUCCACGAUCAUCUCCUUUCUCUUGCUCACGUUGAGGGAGAGGUUGUUUUCCUGGCAACACACUGCCAGGUCUCUGACCUCCUCCCUAUAGGCUGUCUCAUCGUUGUCAGUGAUCAGGCCUACCACCAUUGUGUCAUCAGCAAACUUUAUGAUGGUGUUUGACUCAUGCUUGGCCACGCAUUCGUGGGUGAACAGGGAGUACAGGAGGGGACUAAGCACGCCCCCAUGAGGGGCCCCCGUGUUGAGGAUCAGCAUGGCAGAUGUGUUGUUGCUUACCCUUACCACCUGAGGGCAGCCCGUCAGGAAGUCCAGGAUCCAGUUGCAGGAGGUGGUGUUUAGUCCCAGGGUCCUUAGCUUAGCGAUGAGCUUUGUGGGCACUAUGGUGUUGAACGCUGAGCUGUAGUCAAUGAACAGCAUUCUCACAUAGGUGUUCCUUUUGUCCAGGUGGUAAAGGGCAGUGUGGAGUGCGAUUGAGAUUGCGUCAUCUGUGGAUCUGUUGAGGCGGUAUGAAAAUUGGAGUGGGUCCAGGGUUUCUGGGAUGAUGGUGUUGAUGUGAGCCAUGACCAGCCUUUCAAAGCUCUUCAUGGCUACUGAUUUGAGCGCUACGGGGCGGUAGUCAUUUAGGAAGGUUACCUUCUCUCUUUUUCUCCCCAAUUUUGUGAUAUCCAAUUGGAGUCCCGUACGGACUCGGGAGAGGUAAGGUCAAGAGCCAUGCAUCCUCCGAAACACGACCCUGCCAAGCCACACUGCUUCUUGACACACUGCUCACUUAACCUGGAAGCCAGCCACACCAAUGUGUCGGAGGAAACACUGUAAACUGGCGACCGAAGUGAGCUUGCAGGCGCCCGGCCCGCCACAAGAAGUCGCUAGAGCGCGAUGGGACAAGGACAUUCUUGGCCAAACCCUCCCCUAACCCAGACGACGCUGGGCCAAUUGUGCGCCGCCUCAUGGGUCUCCCGGUCAUGGCCGGCUAUGACACAACCUGGGAUCGAACACGGGUCUGUAGUGACGCCUCAAGCACUGCAAUGCAGUGCCUUAGACCGCUACACCACUCGGGAGGCAACCUUUGCUUUCUUUGGCACAGGGACUAUGAUGGGCUGCUUGAAACAUGUAGGUAUUACAGACUCGGUCAGGGAGAGGUUGAAAAUGUCACACAAUCGUCCGGAACAGCUGAUGCUCUCAUGCAUGGUUCAGUGUUGCUUGCCUCGAAGCGAGCCUAAAAGGCAUUUAGCCUGUCUGGUAGGCUUGCAUCACUGUGCAGCUCGUGGCUGGGUUUCCGUUUGUAGUCUGUAAUAGUUUGCAAGCCCUGCCACAUCCAACGAUCGUCAGGGCCGGUGUAGUAGGAUUCAAUCUUAGUCCUGUAUUGACGCUUUGCCUCUUUGAUGGUUCGUCUGAGGGCAUAGUGGGAUUUCUUAUAAGCAUCCGGAUUAGUGUCCCAAUCCUUGAAAGUGGCAGCUCUAGCCUUUAGUUCCGUGAGGAUGUUGCCUGUAAUCCAUGGCUUCUGGUUGGAAUAUGUACAUACGAUCACUGUGGGGAUGAUGUCGUCAAUGCAUUAUUGAUGAAGCCGGUGGUAUACUCAUCAAUGCCAUUGGAUGAAUCCUGGAACAUAUUCCAGUCUGUGCUAGCAAAACACUCCUGUAGCGUAGCAUCCGCGUCAUCUGACCACUUCCGUAUUGAGCGAGUCACUGGUACUUCCUGCUUUAGUUUUUGCUUGUUAGCAGGAAUCAGGAGGAUAGAAUUAUGGUCAGAUUUGCCAAAUGGAGGGCGAGGGAGAGCUUUGUAUGUGUCUCUGUGUGUGGAGUAAAGGUGGUCUAGAGUUUGUUUCUUCCUCUGGUUGCACAUGUGACAUGCUGGUAGAAAUUAGGUAAAACAGAUUUAAGUUUGCCUGCAUUAAAGUCCCCGGCCACUAGGAGCGCCGCUUCUCAAUGAGCAUUUUCUUGUUUGCUUAUGGCCUUAUAUAGCUCGUUGAGUGCCAGCGUCGGUUUGUGGUGGUAAACAGACAGCUAUGAAAAAUAUAGAUGAUAAACUCUCUUUGUAGAUAGUGUGGUCUACAGCUUAUCAUGAGGUAUUCUACCUCAGGCGCGCAAUACCUCGAGACUACCUUAAUAUUAGACAUUGCGCACCAGCUGUUAUUGACAAAUAGACACACACCCCCACCCCUCGUCUUAACGGACGUAGCUGUUCUGUUCUGCCGAUGCACGGAAAACCGAGCCAAAUGUAUAUUAUCUGUGUUGUCGUUCAGCCACGACUCGGUGAAACAUAAGAUAUUAUUGUAAAUUAGGUAUUUCAGUUUUUGUUUUGUAAUAAAUGUGCUAAAAUGUUUGCUUUGUCAUUAUGGGGUAUUGUGUGUAGAUUGAUGAGGGGAAAAUAACUAUUUAAUCCAAUUUAGAAUAAGGCUGUAAUGUAACAAAAUGUGGAAAAAGUCAAGGAGUCUGAAUACUUUCCGAGUGCACUGUAUGUAAGUGAGUGUGUCAUGUGUUUGCUGGUGGCUGAGUGUUCAUGGGUGAAUAUACCAUCAGAAUAACCUCAUUUACCCUCAGCACUGAGAGAAGAGAGCUGAAAAUGGCCACUACCUAUGUUAAAAGUUCAUACAGAAGAUGCCAAGUAUUUCCCGUCUGAAGUAUUAUUUGAAAAUGAAAGUAAUGUAGGGAGUAGUAUGUUUCUCAUAGGAGCAUCCAAUGGGAUGCAAAGUAAGUAAUGCAUCUAUCUGGAUCUACAACAGGAUGCUAAGUAAUAAGUAUCUGGAUCCCAGGAAUAACAUUUGGAGGUAAAACAAUCUGCUGGUUGCACCAGAGAGUGAACCUGUCAAACUGAUCAAAUAAAUAUUAUAUAAAAAUCUUGGGAACAACACUAGACACAUUGAGUGCAGCUCUGCCCACCUCAAAGGAGAGAAAACAAGAGAAAGAAAGUGAGAGAUAAGGGACGGAAUGCCAUGGACUUAAAAGCAGAUCUAGAGAGAUGGAGAGACUUCAUAAUUCAAUCACUGUCAUUGAUGGUACAAAUGGUACAUUUGGGAAAAAACAUCUCCACAGUAUGAAAUGUUACUUACCUCCAGGGAGACAUUUUUCUCUCAGCAACAUUUUUAUUUCCUCUCUACACUUAAUUAAACCAUAACAGUGAAAGUAGCGGUGGAGAGUAUCACUUGAGCUUCUUCUUUUGUAUCAUAUUGCCAUCUAGCGGAUAAAACCGUUAAUUACAUGUAAAGAGGUUUUGUAUGAGAUUAAAGCUAGAAUCCUUAAUGGUGAAAACUGCCACAUCUGUUCGCGAUGUUACUGCAAACAAUGAAGACCGUUCACCAACUCUUAUUCAUAUACUGUAUUCUUCACAUAACUCAUUAUAAUAUCUAAUAUCUACGACGAUUGCAUUUCGUUUGGACAUCGGUGAUUUCUUGUUUUGGAUUAUUAUUUGUGUACUUGUUUUGAAAUUUGUACUGCAUUGUUAGGAGCUAGUAACACAAGCAUUUCGCUGCACCUGCUAUAACAUCUGCUAAACUGUUUACGCGACCAAUAAACUUCGAUUUUAAUAUGCACUGCUAUUUUAUUUUACCAUUGUGUGAUGUUCCUCAGCCCCCCCCCCCCUUUGUCAAAACAAUAUAACAACAGCGGUGGGGCGGACUGUGGAGCUUUCCUCUACUGGGGAUUCCAUCUUUAACCCUCCUAACCCACUGAACAUCAGCGUUAUAGAUUGAAAUGUACAGGCCAUUACAUUUUUGAGAAUCACUGAUGUUAGUGGUCAAAAACUUUUGGACGGGUAUAUUCUUAGACUUGCACUGUAUUUGGAAUCAAUUGGUUCUAAGUAUCAAAUCCUACAAAUGUGAUUCUUAUAAUAGGGAUGCACUGCAUUUUUCUUCAUGUUGAUGUUGUGAUUAACCCUCGCACAUGGCACGCCGCUCACAAAAAAGUCUGGAGUACAUCUCCUCACACGUGCACCCGUUACACAGGCAGUUUCCAUGGUUACCGCAGAGGUUUCUGUUUAGGUCCCGGCAUCUGCGUUGAGCAUUCGCAUGCAAGACCCAUAAACCCCUCCUCACACGCACAGCGAUUGCAGUCACACCGCCCAUGACCUGGCGACCAAACACAAACAAAACAGAUCCUGCAGUUAGUGCCUUCACAAAGUAUUCACACCCCUUGACUUUCCACAUUUUGUUGUGUUACAGCCAGAAUUUUCUAAUUGAUUAAAUUGAGGUUGUCACUGGCUUACACACAAUAACCCCAUAAUGUCAAAGUCGAAUUAUUAUUAAAAAUGAAAAGCUGAAAUGUCUUCAGUUAAUAAGUAUUCAACCCCUUUGUUAUGGCAUGCCUAAAUACGAUCAGGAGUAAAAAUGUGCUUAAAAAUGUGCUUAACAAGUCACCUAAUAAGUUGCAUGGACUCCUCAUGACUACCUCAUCUCUGUACCCCACACAUACAACUAUCUGUAAGGUCCCUCAGCCAAGCUGUGAAUUUCAAACACAGAUUCAACCACAAAAACCAGGGAGGUUUCCAAUGCUUCGCAAAGAAAGGCACCUAUUACUAUAUAUGUGGAGUUUAGACCAAAAAUCUAUAUUUUUGUCUCAUCAGACCAUAUGACCUUCUCACAUUCCUCCUCUGGAUCAUCCAGAUGGUCAUUGGCAAACUUCAGACGGGCCUGGACAUGCGCUGGCUUGAGCAGGGGGACCUUGCGUGCGCUGCAGGAUUUUAAUCCAUGACGGCGUAGUGCGUUACUAAUGGUUUUCUUUGAGAAGCCCUCCUGUUCCCAGCUCUCUUCAGGUCAUUGACCAGGUCCUGCCGUGUAGUUCUGGGCUGAUCCCUCACCUUCCUCAUGAUCAUUGAUGCCCCACGAGGUGAGAUCUUGCAUGGAACCCCAGACCGAGGGUGAUUGACCAUAAUUUUGAACUUCUUCCAUUUUCUAAUAAUUGCGCCAACAGUUGUUGCCUUCUCACCAAGCUGCUUGCCUAUUGUCCUGUAGCCCAUCCCAGCCUUGUGCAGGUCAACAAUUCUAUCCCUGAUGUCCUUACACAGCUCUCUGGUCUUGGCCAUUGUGGAGAGGUUGGAGUCUGUUUGAUUGAGUGUGGAUAGGUAUUUUAUACAGGUAACGAGUUCAAACAGGUGCAGGUAAUGAGUGGAGAACAGGAGGGCUUCUUAAAGAAAAAAGAACAGGUCUGUGAGAGCCGGAAUUCUUACUGGUUGGUAGGUGAUCAAAUAAUUAUGUCAUGCAAUAAAAUGCAAAUUAAUUACUUAAAAAUCAUACAAUGUAAUUUUCUGUAUUUUUGAUUUAGAUUCCGUCUCUCACAGUUGAAGUGUACCGAUGAUAAAAAUUACAGACCUCUACAUGCUUUGUAAGUAGGAAAACCUGCAAAAUCGGCAGUGUAUCAAAUACUUGUUCUCCCCACUGUAUGUAUAUAUGUAUAUAUGACAAAGAAAUGAAAGAAGAAAUUAUCUGUCUAUAAUUUUAAUGGUAGGUUUAUUUGAACAGUGAGAGACAGAAUAACAACAAAAAUAUCCAGAAAAACGCAUGUCAAAAAUGUUAUAAAUUGAUUUGCAUUUUAAUGAGGGAAAUAAGUAUUUGACCCCAUCUCAAUCAGAAAGAUUUCUGGCUCCCAGGUGUCUUUUAUACAGGUAACGAGCUGAGAUUAGGAGCACACUCAUAAAGGGAGUGCUCCUAAUUUCAGCUUGUUACCUGUAUAAAAGACACCUGUCCACAGAAGCAAUCAAUCAAUCAGAUUCCAAACUCUCCACCAUGGCCAAGACCAAAGAGCUCUCCAAGGAUGUCAGGGACAAGAUUGUAGACCUACACAAGGCUGGAAUGGGCUACAAGACCAUCGCCAAGCAGCUUGUUGAGAAGGUGACAACAGUUGGUGCGAUUAUUCGCAAAUGGAAGAAACACAAAAUAACUGUCAAUCUCCCUCGGCCUGGGGCUCCAUGCAAGAUCUCACCUCGUGGAGUUGCAAUGAUCAUGAGAACGGUGAGGAAUCAGCCCAGAACUACACGGGAGGAUCUUGUCAAUGAUCUCAAGGCAGCUGGGACCAUAGUCACCAAGAAAACAAUUGGUAACACACUACGCCGUGAAGGACUGAAAUCCUGCAGUGCCCGCAAGGUCCCCAUGCUCAAGAAAGCACAUAUACAUGCCCGUCUGAAUUUUGCCAUUUGAACUCAAGAAAGCACAUAUACAUGCCCGUCUGAAUUUUGCCAAUGAACAUCUGAAUGAUUCAGAGGUGAACUGGGUGAAAGUGAUGUGGUCAGAUGAGACCAAAAUCGAGCUCUUUGGCAUCAACUCAACUCGCCGUGUUUGGAGGAGGAGGAAUGCUGCCUAUGACUCCAAGAACACCAUCCCCACCGUCAAACAUGGAGGUGGAAACAUUAUGCUUUGGGGGUGUUUUUAUGCUAAGGGAACAGGACAACUUCACCGCAUCAAAGGGAUGAUGGACGGGGCCAUGUACCGUCAAAUCUUGGGUGAGAACCUCCUUCCCUCAGCCAGGGCAUUGAAAAUGGGUCGUGAUGGGUAUUCCAGCAUGACAAUGACCCAAAACACACGGCCAAGGCAACAAAGGAGUGGCUCAAGAAGAAGCACAUUAAGGUCCUGGAGUGGCCUAGCCAGUCUCCAGACCUUAAUCCCAUAGAAAAUCUGUGGAGGGAGCUGAAGGUUUGAGUUGCCAAACGUCAGCCUCGAAACCUUAAUGACUUGGAGAAGAUCUGCAAAGAGGAGUGGGACAAAAUCCCUCCUGAGAUGUGUGCAAACCUGGUGGCCAACUACAAGAAAUGUCUGACUUCUGUGAUUGCCAACAAGGGUUUUGCCACCAAGUACUAAAUCAUGUUUUGCAGAGGGGUCAAAUACUUAUUUCCCUCAUUAAAAUGAAAAUCAAUUUAUAACAUUUUUGACAUGCGUUUUUCUGGAUUUCUUUGUUAUUCUGUUUCUCACUGUUCAAAUAAACCUACCAUUAAAAUUAUAGACUGAUCAUUUCUUUGUCAGUGGGCAAACGUACAAAAUCAGCAGGGGAUCAAAUAUUUUUUUCCCUCACUGUAUGUAUACAUAUGUAUAUGUGUAUAUAUAUGUAUAAAUAAUAUAUAUUUAUAUAAAUAUAUAUGUAUAUAUAUAAAUGUGUGUGUAUACAGUCGGGGGAAAAAAGUAUUUAGUCAGCCACCAAUUGUGCAAGUUCUCCCACUUAAAAAGAUGAGAGAGGCCUAUAAUUUUCAUCAUAGGUACACGUCAACUAUGACAGACAAGUUGAGAAAAAAAAAAUCCAGAAAAUCACAUUGUAGGAUUUUUAAUGAAUUUAUUUGCAGAUUAUGGUGGAAAAUAAGUAUUUGGUCACCUACAAACAAGCAAGAUUUCUGGCUCUCACAGACCUGUAACUUCUUCUUUAAGAGGCUCCUCUGUCCUCCACUCGUUACCUGUAUUAAUGGCACCUGUUUGAACUUGUUAUCAGUAUAAAAGACACCUGUCCACAACCUCAAACAGUCACACUCCAAACUCCACUAUGGCCAAGACCAAAGAGCUGUCAAAGGACACCAGAUACAAAAUUGUAGACCUGCACCAGGCUGGGAAGACUGAAUCUGCAAUAGGUAAGCAGCUUGGUUUGAAGAAUUCAACUGUGGGAGCAAUUAUUAGGAAAUGGAAGACAUACAAGACCACUGAUAAUCUCCCUCGAUCUGGGGCUCCACGCAAGAUCUCACCCCGUGGGGUCAAAAUGAUCACAAGAACGGUGAGCAAAAAUAACAGAACCACACGGGGGGACCUAGUGAAUGACCUGCAGAGAGCUGGGACCAAAGUAACAAAGCCUACCAUCAGUAACACACUACGCCGCCAGGGACUCAAAUCCUGCAGUGCCAGACGUGUCCCCCUGCUUAAGCCAGUACAUGUCCAGGCCCGUCUGAAGUUUGCUAGAGUGCAUUUGGAUGAUCCAGAAGAGCAUUGGGAGAAUGUCAUAUGGUCAGAUGAAACCAAAAUAGAACUUUUUGGUAAAAACUCAACUCGUCGUGUUUGGAGGACAAAGAAUGCUGAGUUGCAUCCAAAGAACACCAUACCUACUGUGAAGCAUGGGGGUGGAAACCUCAUGCUUUGGGGUUCUUUUUCUGCAAAGGGACCAGGACGACUGAUCCGUGUAAAGGAAAGAAUGAAUGGGGCCAUGUAUCGUGAGAUUUUGAAUGAAAACCACCUUCCAUCAGCAAGGGCAUUGAAGAUGAAACGUGGCUGGGUCUUUCAGCAUGACAAUGAUCCCAAACACACCGCCCGGGCAACGAAGGAGUGGCUUCAUAAGAAGCAUUUCAAGGUCCUGGAGUGGCCUAGCCAGUCUCCAGAUCUCAACCCCAUAGAAAAUCUUUGGAGGGAGUUGAAAGUCUGUGUUGCCCAGCGACAGCCCCAAAACAUCACUGCUCUAGAGGAGAUCUGCAUGGAGGAAUGGGCCAAAAUACCAGCAACAGUGUGUGAAAACCUUGUGAAGACUUACAGAAAACGUUUGACCUGUGUCAUUGCCAACAAAGGGUAUAUAACAAAGUAUUGAGAAACUUUUGUUAUUGACCAAAUACUUAUUUUCCACCAUAAUUUGCAAAUAAAUUCAUAAAAAAUCCUACAAUGUGAUUUUCAGGAUUCUUUUCCCUCAUUUUGUCUGUCAUAGUUGACGUGUACCUAUGAUGAAAAUUACAGGCCACUCAUCUUUUUAAGUGGGAGAACUUGCACAAUUGGUGGCUGACUAAAUACUUUUUUCCCCCCACUGUAUAUAGAUAUGUGUAUAUGUGUAUGUGUUUAUAUAUGUGUGUAUAUAUAUACAGUGAGGGGGAAAAAAGUAUUUGAUCCCCUGCUGAUUUUGUACGUUUGCCCACUGACAAAGAAAUGAUCAGUCUAUAAUUUUAAUGGUAGGUUUAUUUGAACAGUGAGAGACAGAAUAACAACAAAAAAAUCCAGAAAAACGCAUGUCAAAGAUGUUAUAAAUUGAUUUGCAUUUUAAUGAGGGAAAUAAGUAUUUGACCCCCUCUCAAUCAGAAAGAUUUCUGGAUGCCAGGUGUCUUUUAUACAGGUAACGAGCUGAGAUUAGGAGCACACUCUUAAAGGGAGUGCUCCUAAUCUCAGCUUGUUACCUGUAUAAAAGACUCCUGUCCACAGAAGCAAUCAAUCAAUCAGAUUCCAAACUCUCCACCAUGGCCAAGACCAAAAAGCUCUCCAAGGAUGUCAGGGACAAGAUUGUAGACCUACACAAGGCUGGAAUGUGCUUGGUGAGAAGGUGACAACAGUUGGUGCGAUUAUUCGCAAAUGGAAGAAACACAAAAGUCCUGUCAAUCUCCCUUGGCCUGGGGCUCCAUGCAAGAUCUCACCUUGUGGAGUUGCAAUGAUCAUGAGAACGGUGAGGAAUCAGCCCAGAAAUACACGGGACGAUCUUGUCAAUGAUCUCAAGGCAGCUGGGACCAUAGUCACCAAGAAAACAAUUGGUAAAACACUACGCCGUGAAGGACUGAAAUCCUGCAGUGCCCGCAAGGUCCCCCUGCUCAAGAAAGCACAUAUACAGGCCCGUCUGAAGUUUGCCAAUGAACAUCUGAAUGAUGCAGAGGAGAACUGGGUGAAAGUGUUGUGGUCAGAUGAGACCAAAAUCGAGCUCUUUGCCAUCAACUCAACUCGCCGUGUUUGGAGGAGGAGGAAUGCUGCCUAUGACCCCAAGAACACCAUCCCCACCGUCAAACAUGGAGGUGGAAACAUUAUGCUUUGGGGGUGUUUUUCUGCUAAGGGGACAGAACAACUUCACCGCAUCAAAGGGACGAUGGACGGGGCCAUGUACUGUCAAUUUUUGGAUGAGAAUCUCCUUCCCUCAGCCAGUUCAUUGAAAAUGGGUCGUGGAUGGGUAUUCCAGCAUGACAAUGACCCAAAACACACGGCCAAGGCAACAAAGGAGUGGCUCAAGAAGAAGCACAUUAAGGUCCGUGAGUGGCCUAGCCAGUCUCCAGACCUUAAUCCCAUAGAACAUCUGUGGAGGGAGUUGAAGGUUCGAGUUACCAAACAUCAGCCUCAAAACCUUAAUGACUUGGAGAAGAUCUGCAAAGAGGAGUGGGACAAAAUCCCUCCUUAGAUGUGUGCAAAUCUGGUGGCCAACUACAAGAAACGUCUGACCUCUGAUUGCCAACAAGGGUUUUGCCACCAAGUACUAAGGCAUGUUUUGCAGAGGGGUAAAAUACUUAUUUCCCGCAUUAAAAUGCAAAUCAAUUCAUAACAUUUUUGACAUGCGUUUUUCUGUUUUUUUGUUGUUGUUAUUCUGUCUCUCACUUUUCAAAUAAACCUACCAUUAAAAUUAUAGACUGAUCAUGUCUUUGUCAGUGGGCAAACGUAGAAAAUCAGCAGGGGAUCAAAUACUUUUUUCCCUCACUGUAAAUACUGCACUGUAUUACUGCACUGCCGGAGCUAGAAGCACAAGCAAUUUGCUACACCCGCAAUAACAUCUGCUAAACACGUGUAUGUGACAAAUAAAAUUUGAUUUGAUUUUAAAUCUAUUGCUUUAUGCUAAUGCUAGCUAGGUAGGUUUUUACAUUUUGGUAGGGGUGCGUCAGUUCUAGCUAGGUGGCUAGAAAUUGUGUGUGUGGUGUAUUGAUUCAAAGAAACCAUCAGAUGACAUUUCAGAAUAUAAUUCAUUAUAGGGCUAAUAGAUUGAAGUUAGUAUCAAUUGCAGAUCUCCUCUUAUGGGAGCCGGUAGCUAGCUAAUUAAUUAUGUUCUCAGAUCUACUUAGCUAGCUAGUUCUUACCGGUGGCUGGGUGUCUGCGUUUCAGAGCAAGUUCAACCAUUAUUUACCCCCGGGAAUGCUGUGCCAUGAUGUUGUGUCCAUAGAUAAGCAAUGUGUGUGUGUGUGUAGCUGUCAGUCAGUGUCCUACAGGUUCGAUUGUAUCACCGUCAGAAUAAAAUAUGAUAUCAAGGUAAAAGGCUGUAACUGCAGCCAAGGGCAGGUUAAAACCAAGCUAAAAGGCGGUAAGUUCAGUUACUGCCAUUUACCUUGGUUUAAUAAUAAUAAUAAUAAUAAUAUUAUAAUAAUAAUAUGCCAUUUAGCAGACGCUUUUAUCCAAAGCAACUUAGUCAUGCACAGUAACUUUCUGCAGUUACUGCUAAUAUGACCCCAAUUUUCUCCAAAACACAAUACAAUAGAGGCAGGAUACUUGUCCACAUGAUUAAGCAUGUACUUCAUGUAGCAAAAAUGACAUUAAAUAAUUUUCGACCAAAUGAGCAGUUACUGCCUUUUUGCUUGGAGGGGCAGUGUGGCAGUCCUCAUGAGAGCCAGUUUCAUCAUAGCGCUUGAUGGUUUUUGCAACUGCACUUGAAGAAACUUUAGAAGUUGCCAAGAGUGUGCAAAGCUGUCAUCAAGGCAAAGGGUGGCUAUUUGAAGAAUCUCAAAUAUAAAAUAUAUUUUGAUUUCUUUAACCCUUGAAUGAGUAAGUGUUCUAAAACUUUUGACCGGUAGUGUAUAUAUAUAGUACCAGACAAAAGUUUGGACACACCUACUCAUUCAAGGGUUUUUCUUUAUUUUUAAUAUUUUCUACAUUGUAGAAUAAUAGUGAAGACAUCAAAACUAUGAAAUAACACACAUGGAAUCAUGUAGUAACCAAAAAAGUGUUAACCAAAUCCAAAUAUAUUUUAUAUUUGAGUUUCUUCAAAGUAGCCACCCUUUGCCUUGAUGACAGCUUUGCACACUAAUGUCCUCUCUUAAUGACUUAGGAAAACGGCAAGAUGACAACAAUCUGUCUAAACUCAUCGAGUUGACCCUUGGGAGAUCCUUCACCUGUGAUAGACAGACACCACUCUCCUCAAUGGUACUCCCACCGGCUUUGGUCUUUGUCAUGGUAGCAAUGUAGGCUAUGCUGUUACUCCCCGCAUUUCCAGAUGGCAGGUCGCAGGGAAGACGGUAGGGAUCUAGACAGCCACAAGCCCGGUAAAAUCACAAGGGCUAACCGCGCUAGCUUGAUAGACCGCUAACAGUGGCAGCUAGGCCAGCUGCCACGCCAAGCAGCUCAUCAUCAGACCCUCGGCCGGAAGGGUCCCCGAACAGAGGGCAGCGGUCCCAGCAUCUGAUGCCAACAGCGCCGCAGGGAUCCAAAAUCAAUAGGUAGCUAGCUAGUAACCAAACCUUUCCAAUUUAACACUUUUUCAGACACUUUCAGAACUUUCCAAAACAACAAACCGAGCGCUGCCUCAUUCCACGUUCAACAGGAAGUGAUGUGAUUAAUGGACUGCAUCAAGUUUGUGAAUGGUAAAUAAUGUAUUGUCAUUUUGGAGUCACUUUUAUUGUAAAUAAGAAUAUAAUAUGUUUCUAAACACUUCUACAUGAAUGUGGAUGCUACCAUGAUUACAGAUAAUACUGAAUGAAUCAUGAAUGAUGUUGAGUGAGAAAGUUAGACGCACAAAUAUCAUAUCCCCCCCAAAAUGCUAACCUCCCCUGUUAUUGUAAUGGUGAGAGUUUAGCAUGUCUUGGGGGUAUGAUGUUUGUGCAUCUAACUUUAUCACUCAUAAUUAUUCACGAUUCAUUCACCUCAUGGAGUAUAGAGACAAAAUAAUAAAAAAUGCUUCACAGUCCCAAUAAUUACAGAGGGCACUGUACAUGCCCUCAUUGUAAAUCUAUUAAGCACUGAGCAGAUAAGUCUUAAAUCUAUUAAAUGAAUAUUUGAAUAUGUUUGUAUCCUCUUGCAUUCUUCAAAAAUUAAGUAAUGUCAACAACCCUCAGAGACAAUGUCCAUAUAAUGUUAAAUGUAUAUAUUUUGUCUGUUUUAGCAUUUGGAGUCAAAAGCAAAAGAACAUCAACAAAUUCAGUACACUGCACACUGUCAUUCAUCUUUAUUGAUCAUCUAUUGUAUACAUUCUGUGUAAAAAAUAUGAAUGUCCAAGACUCAUUGAACCCCUCUGGUUGUUGCUGUUGAUCCCAGGACAGGGAAGGGCCCAGUUGCUUAUGGGUACAGUGUUUAUAAGGCUGUGAGGUCACAGUUCAGUGUGCAGUAGAAGCUUGGCUUUUUUCAUGUUCUCGGCCACUAUGGAGAGAGGGACAAGAAGCUUGGGUAAGAAUCUGUUUACCAGGGAAGGGGUGAAUUCCGUUUCAUGUCAGGAAGAGAAUUGGAAUUCCAAUUCAAGAAUUGACUGAAUUUAAAUGGCCCAACCCUGCUUUACAUUGUUCUGAUAGUAGUGUAGAUUGACCAAACAAUUAAUUAUUUUACACUUUGAGCAACUACAGUAAUAAUUUGCUUAAUUUCUGACUAAUAAAAAUUGUUCUUUAACUUUUCAGCUUUUCAUUUGAGCAAGUAAAGUAAAACCUUUAUGAAGUAUUCAUCCACCCCCUCAACCGCCCACCUUCUCUCCCGCUAAGAACUAGCCUUAAAUAUUCUCAUUAUUUUGCGGUUGCAUCUCCCAACUCUCUCCUCUCAACUAGUUAGUGGAUGAGGUGAAGGAAGAAGGAGUAGAACCAAGUAAGUGCAAUCUGUGUUAUUGGAAAACAGGUGUGUGUGUGUGUUAAGCAGGCAACAGAAGGAUGUCUGACUCUCAUAGGACCUCAUUAGGGAAGAAGAGGGACACUCACAGUAUGGGACGUCGCUCGGCUUGUAGGUGUACAGGUGGUUACUGUACUUCCCAGCAAGGUCUGCACGCACAGUCAUGGAUGGAUCUGUGGGGAGGAGAGCUAUUUUGGAGCACUUUGCCAAAGCUUCAAAACAUAAUACAUCAUUAUGGGGGCAUAACUAGAUUGUAAUGCUUUAUUCAUACUAUUCCAUUUCUAACACUAUGGCGACAUAAAUUACAUUGAUCCCUUGAUCAAGACCCACACAUGUAAGUUAUUUGGUGGUUCUUAGGCAAAUGGCUACUGAUUUAAAAUAAAGUUAUGUGAGGCACUGAAUACAGUUGCAUCAAAGAUCUCACAGCAAGCAUUGGACAUUGUGAGUGAUGUGUUGGGGAUUCAGAAUAAGUGGUGAUUUAUUUCCUAAGUGAGAUGACAUAGUAGAAGAGACCCACCAACAAACAUGAUUCUUGGAACGUAGUUGCCAUCUGGUGCCAGAUUCGUGUCUUCAGUCUCAUGCUGAAAAAUAAAUCAAAAUAUACAUUUCUAAUCAACAUCUAUCAUCUAUUUAACAUCUAAAUUCUAAUAUUUACCUCCAAGUAAGGAAAUAAUGAAAUGCAUGAUACAAUGUAUGAUCUGUGAUUGGGAUAUGGUUAUAACCAUAUAAUUUCAUUGCUUCCAAUGAGUUUAUGUUGAAAAGCAAUAAAAUGUUAUCAAUUACCAUCAAAUUGAGCAUAACAAAAUCCUUUUGGGCCAUUUUCUGAAUGGUUUUAUCAGCAGCAAACGCCGCCUUCAGAGCUGUGGAAGGAAGUGUGACAGAAUGACAGUUAGUGAGAAGCUCACCUUUAACUUCAACACACUUUAUCCUUAUAAAGUGGAAUUUGUCAUACAAGCCUUUACAAAUGAUCAUGUCUAGAGACAUGUUGAUACAAGACCAGAAUUACUUGAACUGUAAGGCAACAAAGACCUUGGUUGGGGCUGUUUGGUUAGAUGACGUAUGUGUGAGUAUGAAAGCACAGCAGUAUUACCUUGACUAUGAGGACAAUCCUCCAUGUGAUGAAUGACCAUCAGAGGCUUCUUACUGUGGGAAUAUGAGGACACAGACAAAAAAAAGAACACAUUCCACUACAGAAUAAGUAGUGGGUGGAUGUGUUUACAGAGAAGCACAACGUCCCAAGGCCCUGGUGUCGUUAUGGAGAUAAGAGAACACAGGCUGGGUGUGUCCCAAAUGGCAACCUAUUUCCUAUUCUAUUCCUAUUUGAUAGCGCCCUGGUCAAAAGUAGUGCACUAUCUAGUGAAUAUGUUGCCCGUGCCAUUUGGGAUGCAACCAUAUAAUAAAUAUGAUGAUUUCCGUUACAGUUUGAUUAGUUUCAUUGGACAGGUUCAAUUAAUGGGGCACAGUGAUAUGUGAUUGUCUCACCUAGCUAUCUUAAGAUGAAUGCACUGUAAGUCGCUCUGGAUAAAAGUGUCUGAUAAUUGACUAAAAUGUCAAUUGUAAAUGUGAUAUAAUAAUUGUGAGGAUAUGGCUGUAACGUAAGCAGAUGGCUUUAAUAAAAAAUGUCACUCAGACGUUUGAAAGACUGCUCUAAUUGUCAAACAUAUGCCACUAACCAAACAACACAAUUGCAAUUUGAUGUCUUGUUGUGUAUUUUGUCUAAUCUUGUCUUACCUUUCUUUCAUUGUCUUCAGGGCUUCCUCAUAGGUCUGGACCCAGGUAAUGUAAUUUCCCCAUCCUGAGACAAAAUUGAGGAUGGAAAUCAGAAUUAAUGGAUUUGGUGUUAAUGUAAUGGGGAUGGAGAACUGUUUUAGUACACUCAGAAAAAAGGUGCUUUAGAACAUGAAAGGGUUCUUCAGCUGUCCCCAUAGGAGAACCCUUUUUUGUUCCAGGUAGAAUCCUUUUGGUUCCAGGUAGAACCCUUUUGAGUUCUAUGUAGAACCCUUUCCACAGAAGGUUCUAUGUGGAACCCAAAAGGGUUCUACCUGGAACCAAAAAGGGUUAUCCUAUGGGGACAGCUGAAGAACCCUUUUUUUCUGGGAGUGUAGUAAACUUAAAUAGACGUUAGGGGUGGGGCUAGGAUACAUUGAUACAUCAGCCUUACCUCUUGAGAGAGUUUGAGGGCUUUGCCUUGUUUUCUUCUGUAGGGAAACUUCCAUACAGGUGACAAAGAGCAAUGCGAAGAGAGACCAGCAAUACAUGGUGGUCAUCAGUUCUGAGAUAGAGAGAGGAGGAAGCAGUCAAGUCAAACUGUUCAAAAAUAUUUUUACAUGGGACCCUAUUCAAAACCCUGGCACCAAAUCUCAUGUGCACUGGCCAGUUUACAUUCAUGUUACCAAUCUGUCACAAUGAGACAACUUUUUCAUGCUCGGGUGGUGGACAUCAUACUCAACUAUGUUAAUCUGCCUCUGAAUUCUCUCACACACCCUUUGUGCUUAGAACUCAAACAACACAAUUGCAAUGUGAUAUGUCUUGUGUAUUUUGUUCUGCGUGCCAAUGAUCCUGAUUUUGGGAUCUGACAACUGAGCAAUUAAUGAAGGCGUUGCAUGCUUUGUGUCAGAACAGGAUUGGCCAGUUUCAUUACAAUUAUAUGUGCCUUAAUGGCACAGUGAAUUGGCACAUAAAAAUUUAAUACCUGUAUGUUUAUUAAUAUGUAUUUAUCUAACCUUUAUUUGACCAGGGAGUCAUACUUCGACCAAGGUCUCUUUUACAGAUGAGCCCUGAAUUACAUAAAUUACAAAAAGUUAGCCAUCCCUGAGACCGGGUGUGGUAACUCGUAUGUCUAAAGUUUAGUAAUGAUGUUCGGUAUGGUUGGACUUUUUGUAAAAGGGCUUUAUAAAUGAAAACAUAGCAAUGUAUCAACCUAUAACUUGAGUCUUGACCAUAUAAAAGUCAAGUGUCAUAAAAAAGGAACCCCUUCCAAAAACACUUGCCUUGUGCCAUUUAGGGGUAGGCCUAUCUCAAUACAAUUGCCUAAAUUAAUAGUAGAGAUAUUUGUAUUGGCCUACUGAAACAGGCCAAUCCUGUUUGGUUAUGUGUGUCCCAUUUCCUCAAAGUACUCCUGUUCUCGAUUAUGACAUUUUGUCUAUUAGUAUUUUAAAAUUCUAAAAUAAAACCCUGUACCAGUAUACUGUUUUUUAGAGUUUGCACAGAUCAUAUUCAUGUAUGCGUAACUUCAAACAACUGAUUUGGUGUCAGUCUGUUUCUUCUUCGGCCAAAUUGCCAAAGGCAAAAUUAAGGUUUUAACAUUAUUGAAUGUUGACAGAGAUAGGCCUAUACACCAACCAGGUUAUUCAAAUGUUGCAUCAAGUGAACACAAUAAUAUUACAAGUUUCAACUAAGAAAUGUUGUUCAAUAAUAUAGAAAUCUUACCUAUUGCACAGGCACAGAGGAGUGUCUAGAGGAGUGUCUGUAGCCUACGUCCAAGCUGACAGUAACUUGGUUUUGAUUUGCAGGUCUUUUUGUAGACAACAGAACUCACCAAACAGGUAUGGGGAGCCAGGCCUACCCCAAUUGUUUUAUUUAUUUUGUACAUAUUUUUAUAUUUUUUAUUCUCUCUACUUGUCAGUGUUCCAAACGGGACAUUUUUUUUUUUUACCUAAACAUUUAAACACCAUCAGAAUUCAUAGCAAGCAGUGCACUGGGUUAGUCAUAUUUUAUUAAAUAUAACAGAAGAGAUUAACUGGAAUGACAUUCACUCUCAUGGGAUGGGUUGCCAAAAAAUCAUUAACUGAAAGCCACAUCCCCAAUAAGCCCUGAAUAUGACUGCAUUGAGGCAUAUGUCACAGUGCUUCUAUGGCUAUACAGUGAGGGAAAAAAGUAUUUGAUCCCCUGCUGAUUUUGUACGUUUGCCCACUGAUAAAGACAUGAUCAGUCUAUAAUUUUAAUGGUAGGUUUAUUUGAACAGUGAGAGACAGAAUAACAACAACAUAAUCCAGAAAAACGCAUGUCAAAAAUGUUAUAAAUUGAUUUGCAUUUUAAUGAGGGAAAUAAGUAUUUGACCCCUCUGCAAAACAUGACUUAGUACUUGGUAGCAAAACCCUUGUUGGCAAUCACAGAGGUCAGACGUUUCUUGUAGUUGGCCACCAGGUUUGCACACAUCUCAGGAGGGAUUUUGUCCCACUCCUCUUUGCAGAUCUUCUCCAAGUCAUUAAGGUUUCGAGGCUGAUGUUUGGCAACUCGAACCUUCAGCUCCCUCCACAGAUUUUCUAUGGGAUUAAGGUCUGGAGACUGGCUAGGCCACUCCAGGACCUUAAUGUGCUUCUUCUUGAGCCACUCCUUUGUUGCCUUGGCUAUGUGUUUUGGGUCAUUGUCAUGCUGGAAUACCCAUCCACGACCCAUUUUCAAUGCCAUGGCUGAGGGAAGAUUUGACGGUACAUGGCCCCGUCCAUCGUCCCUUUGAUGCGGUGAAGUUGUCCUGUCCCCUUAGCAGAAAAACACCCCCAAAGCAUAAUGUUUCCACCUCCAUGUUUGACGGUGGGGAUGGUGUUCUUGGGGUCAUAGGCAGCAUUCCUCCUCCUCCAAACACGGUGAGUUGAGUUGAUGCCAAAGAGCUCGAUUUUGGUCUCAUCUGACCACAACACUUUCACCCAGUUCUCCUCUGAAUCAUUCAGAUGUUCAUUGGCAAACUUCAGACGGGCCUGUAUAUGUGCUUUCUUGAGCAGGGGGACCUUGCGGGCGCUGCAGGAUUUCAGUCCUUCAUGGCGUAGUGUGUUACCAAUUGUUUUCUUGGUGACUAUGGUCCCAGCUGCCUUGAGAUCAUUGACAAGAUUGUCCCGUGUAGUUCUGGGCUGAUUCCUCACCGUUCUCAUGGCCGAGGGAGAUUGACAGUUAUUUUGUGUUUCUUCCAUUUGCGAAUAAUCGCACCAACUGUUUCACCUUCUCACCAAACUGCUUGGCGAUGGUCUUGUAGCCCAUUACAGCCUUGUGUAGGUCUACAAUCUUGUCCCUGACAUCCUUGGAGAGCUCUUUGGUCUUGGCCAUGGUGGAGAGUUUGGAAUCUGAUUGAUUGAUUGCUUCUGUGGACUGGUGUCUUUUAUACAGGUAACAAACUGAGAUUAGGAGCACUCCCUUUAAGAGUGUGCUCCUAAUCUCAGCUCGUUAGCUGUAUAAAAGACACCUGGGAGCCAGAAAUCUUUCUGAUUGAGAGGGGGUCAAAUACUUGUUUCCCUCAAUAAAAUGCAAAUCAAUUCAUAACAUUUUUGACAUGCGUUUUUCUGGAUUUUUGUGUUUUUAUUCUGUCUUUCACUGUUCAAAUAAACCUACCAUUAAAAUUAUAGACUGAUCAUUUCUUUGUCAGUGGGCAAACAUACAAAAUCAACAGGGGAUCAAAUACUUUUUUCCCUCACUGUAUACUGUACACCAUGCCACUGCCUAUUUCAUUUGUUCAUUUAGCAAACAAGACAGCUGAUAAUCCAGUGCCUUUGUCACAGUCAACACACCUAUUUUUAAGCUUUAAUUAGCUUUCAAAUUCAACAUUGCAAAAUGUGUAGAAUAGCAUGAGAUGAGCUAUAAAACUGCAACUUUUCCUCUGGCACAUGGCAAAAUGUGUAGAAUUGCAGGAAAUUAACUUUAAAACAGCAACAUUUUCUCUCAGCCUCAUGGCAAAAUGUGUAGAAUAGAAUGAGAAGUUAUAAAACUGCAUAUGUUUCUCUUUGCCCAAUGGCAAAAUGUGUAAAAUUGGUGGAUGUUAGCUGCUCCCCAGGAAGUUAGCUGCUCUUGAAUUUGACUACCACCAUCAAUUUUUCUAUGCUAGCUAUGCUAUCAGUUUAUACUAACAGAAGUUAGCAUUUAGCAGUCACUUCUUCUAAACCUGAAAAGGGACUACUUCUAAAUGUUAUGCAGCGAAAACAGCCAAAUAUAUCCAAAUCAGACUUUAGUAACCACAUUGUGGGCCUGUUACAAUACAUGAAUCAUGACGGAUUUGAGGAAUAUCCACUUUGUUAUAUCCAAGCCAGCGUCUUCCUACUGUCCCCCACGGUCUGCGUUCCAUUAAUCGCUUUACUGCAUCUAUGCUUUCUGCUCUUGUAUCUUUGGAUUGAGAACAUGACAGUUUUAAAAUGAAGAGAAUGUUAUGUUGUUCAUGUUCUCAAUUUAGAAACUAAAUUCUCUCUAAUUUGUACAACUUGUGGAACGUUUAAAAAAACAAAAACGUUUUGACUGCAUUGAUUGUUUUUGUUGCCAUGGUCAGCAACAGGGGUGUAUUCAUUACCAAGGGCUUUUAGGACAUUAUUUUUUAUUUUUUAUCCAGUCAGAUAAACCUGCCGAACAGCCUAGAGACCGCACACAUAAAGCACACCGUUGCCUCGUUUUGUAUCACAUUCCAAUGAUAAAACUGGGGGGGACAAAAAUGCAAUUUCAGAAAGUGGUGGGACAUUGUCGUCGUUUGAUAUUUUUAUACAUGAGGCUUAUUUGAUCUAAUAGAAGCUUCGUAAUGGUUAGGUUGUUACGAGUGUACUGAUAUAAGUUUGAUGCACAUGACAUCCCGGCAACUUUGAGAAAACACACUUUAUAUCGGAGUUGUCCCGCCCCCCACUGUUAGGACGGAGACACAAGCAUCUCGCCAUUAUAUCCAGUAUCUCUGAUUUAGCACAAGCGCAUUUCAGAUUAAUGCUGCAUUGUGGGAUUGGAUGCAAUUGACAUAGCGACAGGAGAGUUGAUGGGAGAACGGUCUCAUUUUUAUCAAUAACUUGGGGGAAUUUAUCAUUUCAACAGCUGCCAUGGACGGUUCAGUGGCCAAAAAGACCCAAGACACUUUAGGGAAAGUGAUAAAGAAACCACCUCUUACUGAAAAACUGCUCAGCAAACCUCCGUUUCGAUACCUGCACGACAUAUUCAGUGAGGUGAGUGAUUAGCUAGUUAACUAGGUAAUGUUAGCUUGCUAAGCUAGUUCGUUAGUUAGCUAAUAUUGGCUACUAACUACAGAGAGAGCUGGCUAGUUAGAAGGGAUUUUGAAGACUUUUAUAGCUACGCUAACUACCAUUUAUCCCCUGUAAAAACCAGCCAACCAACGUUUCAGCAUUGAGACUGAGUCAUGAUAAUUAACUACCUGUCCUAGCUAGCUAUCAAAUCAGCGUCGUUUUUCGACGUUGCUAGGCACUCCUGUCUGCUUGGUUUAGCAAACAAAACCAAGUCGUGGCGCCGGAAAAUGUGACUUCUCACUUUAUCUAUGUCACAAAUAUGAAAUAAUUACUCAUGAAACGGUUGAAAAUAUUAUUCUUCAACAAAUUGAAUGUCUGCCCCUGCACUAGUUAGCUAAAGUGUACUAGCUAGUUAGCAGGUACGGAUACUUAUUUUUUGUCACCGAAGUGUUGUGAGGGUGUCAUCCCUGUUAUGAAAUGAGUCCUCCUAACCUCCUAUUCGAAAUUACGGUCAAUGACCUUAUCCCUAAAUGCAGCUGGAUUGCUUGUUUGGAAUUGGGCUGUCUUCCCUAACUAACUAGUUAGGAUGGCAACAUGAAGACAUGGCACUGUGGAAGGGUGGUGCUUGCUUGUAAUAUGCUUACUUGUUUUAGCCUAAAUAACAUAAAAAGCAGACCAUUGAUCAUGAUUCUAAAUCCACUGUAAUUUGUAUUUGACAUAACAAGUAUCAUGAUGGCAGGGACAUGGGACAGGCAGUUACAUGCCCUCAAAUGGUGCCUUCAGUAAGUAUUUACACCCCUAGACUUUUCCCAAAUGUUGCUGUGUUACAGCCUGAAUUUCAAAUGGAUUACUUAUUGUCACUGGUAUACACACGAUACCCUAUAAUCUCCAAGUGGAAUUAAUGUUUUUUGAAAAAUGUCUUGAGUCAAUAAGUAUUCAACCCCUUUGUUAUGGCAAGCCUAAAUAUGUUCAGGAGUAAAAAUGUGCUUAAUAAGUUGCAUGGACUCACUCUGUGUGCAAUAAUAGUGUUUAACAUGAUUUUUGAAUGACUACCUCAUCCCUGUACCCCACACAUACAAUUAUCUGUAAGGUCCCUCAGUCGAGCAGUGAAUUUUUAACACAGAUUCAAACACUAAGACUAGAGGUUUUCCAAUGCCUCGCAAAGAAAGGGCACCUUUUGGUAGAUGGGGAAAAAAAUAAUAAUCUGACAUUGAAUAUCCCUUUGAGCAUGGUAAAGUUAUUAAUUACACUUUGGAUGGUGUAUCAAUACACCCAGUCACUACAAAGAUACAGGCGUCCUUCCUAACUCAGUUCCCGGAGAGGAAGGAAACCACUCAGGGAGAUGAAUUCACCUUUCAGCAGGACAAUAACUUAAAACAGAAGGCCAAAUCUACACUUGAGUUUCUUACCAAGAAUACAUUGAAUGUUCUUGAGUGGCCGAGCUUCAGUUUUGACUUAAAUCUACUUGAAAAUCUUAAGGCAAGACCUGAAAAUGGUUGUCUAGCAAUGAUCAACAACCAAUUUGACAGAGCUUGAAGAAUUUUGAAAAGAAUAAUGGGCGAAUGUUGCACAAUCCAGGUGUGGAAAGCUCUUAGAGACUUACCCAGAGACUCACAGCUUUAAUCGCUGCCAAAGGUGCUUCUACAAAGUAUAAACCUAGGGGUGUGAAUACUUAUGUAAAUGACACAUUUCUGUGUAACAUUUUCAACAAAAAAAAAGUCUAAAAACAUGUUUUCACUUUGCCAUUAUGGGGUAUUGUGUGUAGAUGGAUGAGAAAACAAAUAAUUUGAAAUAAUUUUGAAUUUGGGCUGUAACACAUCAACAUGUGGAAUAAGUCAAGGGGUAUGAAUAAUUCCGGAGGCACUGUACGCACAUUGAGUGUGAUGCUGUGAAAAUGGCUUCCUCGCUAGAGGGUUUGCCAGUGGCUGGGUCUGUGCCACAAGCUAUACCAGGCUCAGCAAAGAUUAUCCAGGCAGAGCAGACUGACAGAUCCACUUGCACAAGACUACAUCAUCUUCUGGACAGAACACACUCUGAGCUAGUCUGUCAUAUAGGUCAUUCAGGUUGCGUUUGGCCAGUGCUGUUCCCACGAGCAGCAGAGCUGAGUACACUCUUAACCCCAUUCAAUUGGUAGUCUCUCUCUCCUCCUUCAGUUCAGUUUCUCACCUUUCAGUAUAUGCUCAUGCAUAUUUGAUAAGUGUGUUGGCAUGGAUGACACAAUCGACCCUUCACUAAACCCCACCCCAGAAUUUAGGGCACCAAUCACAGUGCUCCAAUGGAUAGCAACUGUUGCUGACUCCGACAUCACCAUUUAAAUCGCAUUAAAUAUAUUUUAUCUAUUUGAUUUAGAAUUUUAUAACCCUUUUAGGUCUAAUUAUUUAUUAUAAUAAUGUUUUUUUCUAUAGCCCAUAGAAAUGUGUUGAAUAACACAUUCAUACGGUGCAUUCGGAAAGAAUUCAGACCCCUUAACCUUUUCCACAUUUUGUUACGUUAGAGCCUUAUUUUAAAAUGGAUUUUUAAAUAAUUGUCAUCAAUCUACACACAAUACCCCAUAAUGACAAAGCAAAAACACGUUUUUAGAAAUUUUUAGCAAAUUUAUUAAAAAUAUAAAACUCACAUUUUACAUAAGUAUUCAGACCCUUUACUCAGUACUUUGUUGAAGCACCUUUGGCAGCGAUUGCAGCCUCGAGUCUUCUUGGGUAUGAUGCUACAAACUUGUCACAACUGUAUUUGGGGAGUUUCUCCCAUUCUUCUCUGCAGAUCCUCUCAAGCUCUGUCAGGUUGGAUGGGGUGCGUCACUGCACAGCUAUUUUCAGGUCUCUCCAGAGAUGUUAGAUUGGGUUCAAGUCCGGGCUCUGGCUGGGCCACUCAAGGACAUUCAGAGACUUGUCCCGAAGCCACUCCUGCGUUGUCUUGGCUGUGUGCUUAGGGUAGUUGUCCUGUUUGGAAGGUGAACCUUCAACCCAAUCUGAGGUCCUGAGCGCUCUGGAGCAGGUUUUUAUCAAGGAUCUCUCUAAUUCGCUUCGUUAAUCUUUCCCUUGAUCCUGACUAGUCUCCCAGUCUCUGCCACAGAAUAACAACCCCACAGUAUGAAGCUGCCACCACAAUGCUUCACCUUAGGGAUAGUGCCAGGUUUCCUCCAGACGCGACGCUUGGCAUUCAGGCCAACAAGUUCAAUUUUGAUUUCAUCAGACCAGAGAAUUUUGUUUCUCAUGGUCAGAGUCCUUUAGGUGCCUUUUUGGCAAACUCCAAGUGGGCUGUCAUGUGCCUGUUACUUAGGAGUGGCUUCCGUCUGGCCAUUCUACCAUAAAGGCCUGAUUGGUGGAGUGCUGCAGAGAUGGUUGUCCUUCUGGAAAGUUAUCCCAUCUCCACAGAGGAACUCUGGAGCUCUGUCAGUGACCAUCAGGUUCUUGGUCACCUCCCCUGAUUGCUCAGUUUGGCCGGGCGGCCAGCUCUAGGAAGAAUCUUGGUGGUUCCAAACUUCUUCCAUUUAAGAGUGAUGGAGGCCACUGUGUUCUUUGGGACCUUCAAUGCUGCAUACAUUUUUUGGUACCCUUCCCCAGAUCUGUACCUCAACACAAUCCUGUCUCGGAGCUCUACAGACAAUUCCUUUGACCUCAUGGCUUUGGUUUUUGCUCUGACAUGCAAUUUCAACUGUGGGACCUUAUAUAGACAGGUGUGUGCCUUUCCAAAUCAUGUCCAAUGAAUGUAAUUUACCACAGGUGGACUCCAAUCAAGUUGUAGAAACAUCUCAAGGAUGAUGAAUGGAAACAUGAUGCACCUGGAGCUCAAUUUCGAGUCUCAUAGCAAAGGGUCUGAAUACAUAUGUAAAUAAGAUAUUUGCUAAAAUUUCUAAAAACCUGUUUUCCCUUUGUUAUUAUGGGGUAUUGUGUGUAGAUUGAUGAGGACUUUGAUUUAUUUAAUCCAUUUUAAAAUAAGGCUGUAACGUAACAAAAUAUGGAAAAAGGGAAGGUCUGAAUACGUUCUGAAUGCACUGUACAUGUCAAAAAAGUAAUAGCAAGGAAUAAGGUUUUGAAGUGUCUGUCCUAUAUCUAGGAGAUAGAAGAAAGCUCAGGAAAUAUUUUUUGUUUUUUGGACACAUAUUUAACCCCUUAUUUUUGUUGCUACAAAACUACAUCCAUACUUCCAUUCGUUUGUAUGGGUUACCUUCAGACGAGUCCCGUGACACUUGUGGGGGUCGUAGAGCAAAUCAGAGAACACCAUCAUAUUAGCUUAUAGCUGAAAUAGUUCGGAUGCUACAGAUGUUUUCGUGAAGACCGAUUUUUUUGGGAUGUCUCAUGGUCUGACAAACACAGCUAUAACUCGGCCACCUUCCAUUGCAGAUGCGGAAGGCCGACAUAGGCGGCUACAGUGGAUUGAGACGCAGCCCAUGCAAAAAAUAGAUAUUUCUCGCUUUACUUUGAUGGGGAUAUUUUAAAAAUGUUUAUUUAGAGUGCGUCAAUAGACUUAAGGAUUAAUGUAACUUGUUUUCUCAAUUUAUGUUAGCUAAAUUAGCAAUGUUAUGACUACAACUCACAUCUGCUGGUUAUAGCUUUGACUGCAUGCUGACAGUGAAUUCAGUCAGCCAUUCAUAGCCUAGCUACACUGCAAACAAUUUUACCAGGUUCCUGUGAAGCAAUGACAAAGGUGCAUAAAGAUGACGGUCCCCAUGUACUUACCACAAAUGCUAGGUUUCCUUUAUUGUACAUUGCUCUCCAUUUACUCUAGCUCCAGGAAGGCGGCAAUUUGAAAAAACGAAAAAGUAGAUUGUGCUGAUGUACUGGCACAUUGAACCAUGUUGCGCGCCGUAGUUUAAGAACUCUGUGGGUAGUGCUAAAAACAAUGACAUAAUAUCAGAAUUCUUCCAUCUUCAUGCACCUUCGCCAUCGUAAUGACAGUCCACCACAACAUAUCCAGGAGUUUCCUAAUUAGCAAGGGAUAAUCUGUGUUUAAUAGAAACAGUUUGAGAUCGUUGUGAGGGGAUUUCGCCAGUGGUUGACCUUCCCGGGAAAAUGAAGUCCGAGGUUGCAACAUUAACCAAGAGUGCAACAUUAACCAAGAGUGCCAGGGCUUAGCAAAGGGUCAAUUGUAAUGAUUAUCAAUGUCUUGUUGACCACUGAAUUUAGCGUACGUGUAUUGAAUAUAACUUACUAACUGACUUUAUUUGGUUUUCCCUCCCCAACACCAUAGGCUCAAAAUGAACGGCUUAAAAUCAGUCAUGCUGUACUGCAUUGAUAAUUACAACCAUAUAGUGGCUAACCGCUGCCUCAUUUGGCAAUGUAUGCUGUCUUUUCUCCUAUAGGUGAUCCGGACCACUGGCUUCAUGAAGGGACUCUAUGCAGAGACGGAGAUGAAGUCAGACAAUGUAAAGGUAAGACAUUUUCUCCAUUUGAUCACUUGGAGGAAUUUGUGAAACACCAGAACAGACUGAAGUCAUGUAGUAGGCCCCCUGCCUAUGAAUAUGUUGAUUUGGCCUAGUAGUUAUACUCUACUGUGACAGAUCGAAUGAGUAAUUGUCUAUUUCACAGCCAUUAUGAAAUAAAUGAUACAUAGCCUAGCUCUUAAGGCGUCCGCAUGCUUCCCAACCGGAACAGUUCGUUCAUAUAUUAUGAAGAAAUUGUUCGUUAUGGUCUUCGGCAAGGGUUUUUUCGGGCGUUUUUUUUAAGGGAGUAUGCGAGCACACUCGUUCGGCUAGCUGAGUUCAGCUACGUGCCAGCCGAACCAAAGCAUGCAGAAGCCUUUAGGCCUAUCUCAUACAGUGAUUGCUCUGUGAGCUGGGAAUGAAUCAGACUCUCACUAUCUGCUUAGACGGGGGCUUUUUAACACUAAGUGGAUAGAUAUCAUCUCACUGUGUUUCUGCCGACACUUAUCUUUGUGUGUGUUUCACUUCCAGCACUCUGCCUGGGUGUGAAAAACAUCCAGCCAUGACAUGGCAUGAGUGUAACCCAAGAAGGCUUGUGUAGUUAUAUAACCUAAAACUCUCAGUACUAGAGUGGUCAGUGGGCUGUGACUCAGGCCUUAUCAGAGGUGGCGUAAUGCCACACUGUUGUGUUAUCAGACCACUGGCUGACCUGGGGUCAGAGUCUUUGCGAGACAACCAUCUUCUCACACAAUAGGGCAGGAGACUGUAAACCCAUAGCGUGGCCUCAUCCGUCCUCCAAACUGGCCUAAGAUCAGUUUCAGAGAGACCACCUGUAAUGGUUUGACCUGGCACAUACAAUUUAGAAGUGUAAACCCAUACUCACCCACGUUAUUACAGACACGCAACCUGACUCGAGAUCAGCUUUCAGGCACUUUUCUCUCCAACUGGCCCUAAGUCAGUAUGAGAGACUGGCCUGAGAACAGUAGGUAGAUGUGGUAAUAGCAGAAUGGAAACCCAGAGGGGGAACAAAGUAGGGCUGUCCCUGACAAAAAAAUAAUAUUUGUUGACCGAAUGUCAUUUGUGGUUACCAAUCGAUUCGUCUACAUUUUAAACGUGUAUUUUUCCAUAUAGAUACACCCUAUGUGUUUUAAUAAAAUCAACUAUAUGCAUUGAGCUUAUGUGAUGCUUUAAGCUUAAGGUUUGAUGAAAUAAGAAAUGCCUCGAGGGCAUCAGAGAUCUAGAUAACCAGAAGAAAAUAAACUUAACCUGACACAACUAUUCUCCUCCCACUCCUGCUGGCUUUCACAGAUUCUGUCAUUACUCUCCUGAAGUUGCCGGUAAUAGGCUACACGAGGAGUCGGCAACCUUUCUCAUGUGGAAUGCAAUUUGUGACCGACCGGCUCAAAUCGGUCUUAUGUAGCAAAAUUUGAAAUUGUGUUUUUACAUUGGAUAAAAGUAGAGACUCAGAGCCUCAAAAUGGUAUAUCAUACACUGCAUUUGAGGAACAAUGGGAAAGUAAUUCUGUUUUGGAAUUUGAUAAACUUGUAAACUCACUUUUGAGAAAAUGGUCUUUGAAUGUUUUGGUACCUACUGGAGAGCUCUCCCUUGUCUACACCCAUUCAGCAUUGUUCACACCCUCUUAAACCAGCCCCACCCAUCUCUUUAAGGAUUCACAUGUGAGUAAACAGUGAGUAGUGUAGUAAAGAUUAAGACUAAAAGUAGUAGCCUACAAUAAGGAAAAAUUCCAGGUGAACAGAAAGUGUUCAGAUAAAAAUAUUUUAUAAAUAUUAGAUGACGCUUACCCAGACACACUUGUCUAAAUUGAUGGGUCAUGUGAAAGAAAUGCUAUAACCCCCAGCCACAUCUUGCUAAGUGGAUGGGUCUCUACAGAAAGUGUAAACGGUACAGCCAAAUGGUUACUUGCAUAGUAGCAAUAUCAGAAAUAGAUAGUGUUAAUAACAAUAUCAAUAACAGUAUCAGUGAAGAGGUAGUUAUAUGCAUACAAUCAGGGGUAAAGUGGCUGAGCAGCAGGAAAAAAUAAUAAAUACACUACCAUUCAAAACUUUGGGGUCACUUAGAAAUGUCCUUGUUUUCGAAAGAAAAGCAAGAAAUAAAUGGCAAGAAACAAAUAACUUUCUUCUGAAACUCGUCAGUCUAUUCAAAACACCAGUCUCAACGUCAACUGUGAAGAGGCGACUCCGGGAUGCUGACCUUCUAGGCAGAGUUGCAAAGAAAAAGCCAUAUCUCAGACUGGCCAAUAAAAAUAAACGAUUAAGAUGGGCAGUAUGAGAUCUGGCUUUUUCUUUGCAACUCUGCCUAGAAGGUCAGCAUCCCAGAGCUGCCGCUUCACUGUUGACGUUGAGACUGGUGUUUUGCGGGUACUAUUUAAUGAAGCUGCCAGUUGAGGACCUGUGAGGCGUCUGUUUCUCAAACUAGAGACUAAUGUAUUUGUCCUCUUGCUCAGUUGUGCACUGGGGCCUCCCACUCCUCUUUCUAUUCUGGUUAGAGACAGUUUGCGCUGUUCUAUGAAGGGAGUAGUACACAGCGUUGUACGAGAUCUUCAGUUUCUUGGCAAUUUCUCGCAUGGAAUAGCCUUCAUUUCUCAGAACAAGAAUUGGAACACAGGACUGAUGGUUGCCGAUAAUGGGCCUCUGUAUGCCGAUGUAGAUAUUCCAUUAAAAAUCUGCUGUUUCCAGCUACAAUAGCCAUUUACAACAUUAACAAUGUCUACACUGUAUUUCUGAUCAAUUUGAUGUUAUUUGAAUGGACAAAAAAAUGGCUUUUCUUUCGAAAACAAGGACAUUUCUAAGUGACCCCAUACUUUUGAAUGGUAGUGUAUAUUAGCAGCAACGUAUGGCGUGUGUUAGGAGGGAGCCAUUUAAAUAGAGGCACUGCAAAUAGUGCUGUUGACUGCUCCGUCCGAACCACGCAUGAACAAGGGAAUCUAAAUUCGGAGAGCCUGUUUCUGUCCUGCCCUUGACUUUGGUUUAGGGCAUGUGAUGUCCAUAGCCUCUUUGUCGCAAAACUCCCUGAUCUUCUCAAAAAUAUACGUUUGUCUAGCUGUGUCCAGUCCAGGUGGUGCUUGUACAAGCAGACCAUCUAUGGGAGGAAGGAUGUCAGCGUUGCGCAGCAGCUGAAACCUGGUCACGACUGAGUCCGAACUCUCCUUGGCGACAACAACACCAGGCUCCAGAGCAUUGAAGCUGUAAAACAGGAAGACAUUACGACCUUGCACAACAUAAUUUCACCUCCCAAGUUUAGAUAAGAAGAAUAACCUCAUACAAUGCAAUGAAAAUGAUAUUCACCUGAUGCGCUGGUACUGCUUGAUCUGUGGCAGCGGCCUGAAGUACGGAGUCAGGUGUUGUUGCCAGCCAUAGCUUUCCACCAGCACUGUACCAUCCUCUAGUCCAACUAGUUGGAUGUUGACCCCUGUCACAUUGCUGUCCUUCACAACACCAGCAAUCUCAAACAAAGUGUUCACUCUGGUCUUUCUGAAGUGCUGCUUGAUGAAGCCGAAGCACCAGUCAGGGGCAAACUUGGUGUGGCCUGUGAUCAGGAAGUGAAGGUCCAGACUGUGGUGGCAUCGAUUCCUUGUAGAAAAGCCACACUGCUGCUUUUGUCACAUGGGAUGGCAGCAGCUUUCCACCAAAGUGUUUGUCCUGGGUGGCGUCCUGGUAAUGCUAUUGCAUUAUCCUCUGCAUAGUUGUUGAUGAAGCUAACCACUCGCUGCAAGUCCUUAUGCUUCAUGUGUAACCUGUGCUUGCUUGGGCCAGCUCUCUUUUUGAUGGGAGGCAUUAGACCAUUCUCCUUUUAUGACUGGUGGAGGAGAGUCAGGCGUGUUCUACUGAUGCUGAAAGACAAAUUCCAGAUACAAAUAUUUUAGCAUUAUUAUAAAUAGAUAGCCGUAAUCGCAGUCAGACACACCUGGCUAACUUGAUGGGUCGUCAGCUAGCUACCUAACAGUAUGCUUUAACUUGGGGUCUUUUGUUUAGACAUGUAGCUAACUCAUAAAUGGAAUUAAAUAAACCCAAACUGUUUCUCACAAGUGUAGCAUAGGUUGUGCACUCUGCAAACAAUGUGUCCACUCCGACAAUGAUAACAGAAAGACUGGAAUAAUAAUGUUGAAUGCAUUAACAGAAAUGACCGUAACCAAAGUAACAAACAUUGUAGAUUAGAAAUUACAUUUACAUUUACAUUAAAGGAAUUAACAGUAAAUGUACUACUGGUGAAAUAUGUAAUGGGGAAUUGAUAUACACUAACAAUCAAACGCAAACAAGUCACACAAUGAAGUUAUGAAACAAUGAAUGUGCACAAAUUGGCCGGAGAGAGCGCAUUCUGGAGAGAGAAGUGCAUCUGGGCGCAUGGUCAAUUGGACGUCUGCAUUGGCCAUGCAGCAUUUACGGUGAUAUUAUUGCCUCAGCAGAAGUCAGGGCAUUCAUACUUCUUGCGCUUUGCGGAGCAGUGCAGAGCUGUUGUCAAGGAAUUUAGUUUGUAUUUCUACAGGACAAUGACCCAAAACACACCUCCAGGCUGUCUAAGGGCUAUUUGACCAAGAAGGAGAGUGAUGCAGUGUCACCAGCAAAGCACCAUCACACCACCUCCUCCAUGCUUCACGUUGGGAACCACACAUGCAGAGAUCAUCCGUUCACCUACUCUGCGUCUCACAAAGACACGGCGGUUGGAACCAAAAAUCUAAAAUGUGGACUCAUCAGACCAAAGGACAGAUUUCCACCGGUCUAAUGUCCAUUGCUCGUGUUUCUUGACCCAAGCAAGUCUCCUCUUCUUAUUGGUGUCCUUUAGUAGUGGUUUCUUUGCAGUAAUUCGACCAUGAAGGCCUGAUUCACGGUCUCCUCUGAACAGUUGAUGUUGAGAUGUGUCUGUUACUUGAACUCUGUGAAGCAUUUAUUGGGGUUCAAUUUCUGAGGCUGGGAACUCUAAUGAACAUAACUCUGGGUCUUCCUUUCCUGUGUCGGUCCUCAUGAGAGCCAGUUUCAUCAUAGUGCUUGAUGGUUUUUGCAACUGCACUUGAAGAACUUUCAAAGUUCUUGAAAUUAUCCAGAUACUGACCUUCAUGUCUUAAAGUAAUGUUUUUUCUCUUUGCUUAUUUGAGCUGUUCUUGUCAUAAUAUGGGACUUGGUCUUUUACAAAAUAGGGCUAUCUUCUGUAUACCACCCCUACCUUGUCACAACACAACUGAUUGGCUCCAACGCAUUAAUAAGGAAAGAAAUUCCACAAAUUAACUUUUAACAAGGCACAGCUGUUAAUUGAAAUGCAUUCCAGGUGACUAUCUCAUGAAGCUGGUUGAGAGAAUGCCAAGAGUGUGCAAAGCUGUCAUUAAGGCAAAGGGUGGCUACUUUGAAGAAUCUCAAAUAUAAAAUAUAUUUUGAUUUGUUUAACACUUUUUUCGGUUGCUACACGAAUCCAUAUGUGUUAUUUCAUAGUUUUGAUGUCUUCACUAUUUUACUACUAUGUAGAAAAUAGUUUUAAAAAUAAAUAAGUUGAAUGAGAAGGUGUGUCCAAACUUUUGACUGGUACUGUACAUGCAUGCAUACAUAUUUCUUACUGCUGGACUAAAACAAUCUGUCGAACAACAGCCUAACGACCAAACAAUCGACCAGUCGACUAAUUGAGGACAGCCCUAGAACAAAGCGAGGGCAAGCGCCAACCAGAGUGUUUACACGCCUGAUCUCCCUCUAAAGCGAUAGGGAUGGACAGUGAGCGGCACUAGGGCUGUGACGGUCCUGGAAUUUUAUAAGACAAUAAUUGGCCUGCAAAAAUAAUAAAACUGCAUGUGCUAUGUGUGCUGCUGCUGAAUUGUGGGGGGUGUUGCCUAGGCAUCCGAAGACUCGUAUGCUCCAACACCUUGCUUGUUUCAGCAAGGAGGAGUUCCAUCACGUUAAGAGUCCAUGUUACCGCAGAUAAAGGUCCAUGUUACAGCACGAAUGCCUGGCCGUCCCGUCUUCAGUCAGCUGUUCAUUGAACAAAACAUUUAUAAUAUGUAAACGGUAAUGAUGGUUAUUAACAUUUUGACGGCCUUCAUCCAUAACUGUUGGUCACAUCGUUAUACGCUAAUUGUGCCAACCCUCAGUGGCGCCACACUGAUGUGACAGCAGGGUAAUUUAAUUUGAGUUUAAUCUCUUUUUGAAAGCAUCUCUUUUUAUUUAAACAGCAUUCCAUACAGUGGGGAAAAAAGUAUUUAGUCAGCCACCAAUUGUGCAAGUUCUCCCACUUAAAAAGAUGAGAGAGACCUGUAAUUUUCAUCAUAGGUACACGUCAACUAUGACAGACAAAAUGAGGGGAAAAAAUCCAGAAAAUCACAUUGUAGGAUUUUUAAUGAAUUUAUUUGCAAAUUAUGGUUGAAAAUAAGUAUUUGGUCAAUAACAAAAGUUUCUCAAUACUUUGUUAUAUACCCUUUGUUGGCAAUGACACAGGUCAAACGUUUUCUGUAAGUCUUCACAAGGUUUUCACACACUGUUGCUGGUAUUUUGGCCCAUUCCUCCAUGCAGAUCUCCUCUAGAGCAGUGAUGUUUUGGGGCUGUCGCUGGGCAACACGGACUUUCAACUCCCUCCAAAGAUUUUCUAUGGGGUUGAGAUCUGGAGACUGGCUAGGCCACUCCAGGACCUUGAAAUGCUUCUUACGAAGCCACUCCUUCGUUGCCCGGGCGGUGUUUUUUGGGAUCAUUGUCAUGCUGAAAGACCCAGCCACGUUUCAUCUUCAAUGCCCUUGCUGAUGGAAGGAGGUUUUCACUCAAAAUCUCACGAUACAUGGCCCCAUUCAUUCUUUCCUUUACACGGAUCAGUCGUCCUGGUCCCUUUGCAGAAAAACAGCCCCAAAGCAUGAUGUUUCCACCCCCAUGCUUCACAGUAGGUAUGGUGUUCUUUGGAUGCAACUCAGCAUUCUUUGUCCUCCAAACACGACGAGUUGAGUUUUUACCAAAAAGUUAUAUUUUGGUUUCAUCUGACCAUAUGACAUUCUCCCAAUCCUCUUCUGGAUCAUCCAAAUGCACUCUAGCAAACUUCAGACGGGCCUGGACAUGUACUGGCUUAAGCAGGGGGACACGUCUGGCACUGCAGGAUUUGAGUCCCUGGCGGCGUAGUGUGUUACUGAUGGUAGGCUUUGUUACUUUGGUCCCAGCUCUCUGCAGGUCAUUCACUAGGUCCCCCCCGUGUGGUUCUGGGAUUUUUGCUCACCGUUCUUGUGAUCAUUUUGACCCCACGGGGUGAGAUCUUGCGUGGAGCCCCAGAUCGAGGGAGAUUAUCAGUGGUCUUGUAUGUCUUCCAUUUCCUAAUAAUUGCUCCCACAGUUGAUUUCUUCAAACCAAGCUGCUUACCUAUUGCAGAUUCAGUCUUCCCAGCCUGGUGCAGGUCUACAAUUUUGUUUCUGGUGUCAUUUGACAGCUCUUUGGUCUUGGCCAUAGUGGAGUUUGGAGUGUGACUGUUUGAGGUUGUGGACAGGUGUCUUUUUAUACUGAUAACAAGUUCAAACAGGUGCCAUUAAUACAGGUAACGAGUGGAGGACAGAGGAGCCUCUUAAAGAAGAAGUUACAGGUCUGUGAGAGCCAGAAAUCUUGCUUGUUUGUAGGUGACCAAAUACUUAUUUUCCACCAUAAUUUGCAAAUAAAUUCAUAAAAAAUCCUACUAUGUGAUUUUCUGGAAUUUUUUUUCUCAAUUUGUCUGUCAUAGUUGACGUGUACCUAUGAUGAAAAUUACAGGCCUCUCAUCUUUUUAAGUGGGAGAACUUGCACAAUUGGUGGCUGACUAAAUACUUUUUUUCCCCACUGUAUAAACCCCAGUCGUACUUUAUCAAAUGCCUUUUCGAAGUCUGCUAUGAAUAGUAGGCCUGGCUUCCCAGAUUUUUCAUAGUGUUCUAUUGUUUCCAGUACUUGCCUUAUAUUAUCUCCAAUGUAUCGCCCAUGUAAAAAACCUGUCUGAUUAGAAUUAAUAAUGUCCGACAAUACCUUUUUAAUUCUAUGCGCUAUAUAUUUUGCUAUAAUUUUUGCAUCACAACACUGAAGUGUAAGGGGCCGGCAAUUUUUUAAAUGGACUGGAUCUUUAUAUUUUCCACUUGUAUCCUGUUUCAGUAAUAAUGAAAUCAGACCUUCUUAUUGAGUGUCUGAUAAUCUACCAUUUACAUAGGAGUGGUUAAAACAUGCUAAUAACGGUCCUCUGAGUAUUUCAAAAAAGGUUUGGUAUACCUCGACUGGUAUGCCAUCCAACCCUGGAGUUUUCUGGACUAAAAGUCUUUAAUUGCAUCCAGAAGUUCCUCCCCUGUAAUUUCACCUUCACAUGAGUCUUUCUGUAUGGCUGUUAAUUUUACAUUAUCAAUAGAAAAAAAAAUCUCUACAAUUUGCUUCAGUUAGAGGAGAUUGAGGCGACUGAAACAAAAACAUAUGCUUAAAGUACCUUGUUUCCUCCUUCAAAAUAUAAUUUGGUGAAUCAUGGGUGACUCUGUCAUUUGUAACCAGUUUCAAUAAAUUAUUUUUGGUAGCAUUCCUAUGUUGAAGAUUAAGAAAUAAUUUGGUGCAUUUUUUCCCCAUAUUCCAUCCAGUUUGCUUUAUUUUUAUAAUAUAUUACACUUUUUUGAAUAAGUUUCUCCAUUUCUUUUAGUUUUUCCUCUAAUUUAUUCUGAGCCUCUGUUAGUUUUUAUUGAUAUCUAUCUGUUCUGUUAGACCUUCUUUUUCCUUUGUUAGUGUGGACUCUUUUCACCUAAAUUGCUUUUGUUUUCGAGAUGAGUACUGAAUUGCAUGGCCUCUAAAGACACAUUUAAAGGUGUCCCAUACAAUAAGGGGAUUUGCUGUACCUAUGUUAUGUCGGAAAAAAUCAGUUAUAAAUUCCUCUGUCCUAGUUAAAAACAAGUUAUCAUCCAAUAGGAUUACAUUUCCAAUAUCCUCGCCCACGUGGAAAUUCAGUAAGAGUAAUGUAUAUGCCAAUUAUAUGAUGGUCCGACCGCAUUCUGUCCCCAUCAACCCUUUUUAAACUUUUGGUGCCAACGAGAAUGACAUAAGAAAGAAGUCAAGACGACUAGCUUGAUUGAGUCUCCGCCAUGUAUAUCUCACUAGAUCAGGAUAUUUAAGCCUCCAUAUACAGUGGGGGAAAAAAGUAUUUAGUCAGCCACCAAUUGUGCAAGUUCUCCCACUUAAAAAGAUGAGAGAGGCCUGUAAUUUUCAUCAUAGGUACACGUCAACUAUGACAGACAAAUUGAGGAAAAAAAAUCCAGAAAAUCACAUUGUAGGAUUUUUAAUGAAUUUAUUUGCAAAUUAUGGUGGAAAAUAAGUAUUUGGUCACCUACAAACAAGCAAGAUUUCUGGCUCUCACAGACCUGUAACUUCUUCUUUAAGAGGCUCCUCUGUCCUCCACUCGUUACCUGUAUUAAUGGCACCUGUUUGAACUUGUUAUCAGUAUAAAAGACACCUGUCCACAACCUCAAACAGUCACACUCCAAACUCCACUAUGGCCAAGACCAAAGAGCUGUCAAAGGACACCAGAAACAAAAUUGUAGACCUGCACCAGGCUGGGAAGACUGAAUCUGCAAUUGGUAAGCAGCUUGGUUUGAAGAAAUCAACUGUGGGAGCAAUUAUUAGGAAAUGGAAGACAUACAAGGCCACUGAUAAUCUCCCUCGAUCUGGGGCUCCACGAAGAUCUCACCCGUGGGGUCAAAAUGAUCACAAGAACGGUGAGCAAAAAUCCCAGAACCACACAGGGGGACCUAGUGAAUGACCUGCAGAGAGCUGGGACCAAAGUAACAAAGCCUACCAUCAGUAACACACUACGCCGCCAGGGACUCAAAUCCUGCAGUGCCAGACGUGUCCCCCUGCUUAAGCCAGUACAUGUCCAGGCCCAUCUGAAGUUUGCUAGAGUGCAUUUGGAUGAUCCAGAAGAGGAUUGGGAGAAUGUCAUAUGGUCACAUGAAACCAAAAUAUAACUUUUUGGUAAAAACUCAACUCGUCGUUUUUGGAGGACAAAGAAUGCUGAGUUGCAUCCAAAGAACACCAUACCUAUUGUGAAGCAUGGGGGUGGAAACAUCAUGCUUUGGGGCUGUUUUUCUGCAAAGGGACCUGGACGACUGAUCUGUGUAAAGGAAAGAAUGAAUGGGGCCAUGUAUCGUGAGAUUUUGAGUGAAAACCUCCUUCCAUCAGCAAGGGCAUUGAAGAUAAAACAUGGCUGGGUCUUUCAGCAUGACAAUGAUCCCAAACACACCGCCCGGGCAACGAAGGAGUGGCUUCGUAAGAAGCAUUUCAAGGUCCUGGAGUGGCCUAGCCAGUCUCCAGAUCUCAACCCCAUAGAAAAUCUUUGGAGGGAGUUGAAAGUCCGUGUUGCCCAGCGACAGCCCCAAAACAUCACUGCUCUAGAGGAGAUCUGCAUGGAGGAAUGGGCCAAAAUCAAAUCAAAUCAAAUCAAAUCAAAUUUUAUUGGUCACAUGCGCCGAAUACAACAGGUGCAGACAUUACAGUGAAAUGCUUACUUACAGCCCUUAACCAACAGUGCAUUUAUUUUAAACAAAAAAGUAAGAAUAAAACAACAACAAAAAAGUGUUGAGAAAAAAAGAGCAGAAGUAAAAAAUAAAGUGACAGUAGGGAGGCUAUAUAUACAAUAGAAUAAAGUGACAGUAGGGAGGCUAUAUAUACAGGGGGGUACCGUUGCAUAGUCAAUGUGCGGGGGCACCGGCUAGUUGAGGUAGUUGAGGUAAUAUGUACAUGUGGGUAGAGUUAAAGUGACUAUGCAUAAAUACUUAACAGAGUAGCAGCAGCGUAAAAAGGAUGGGGUGGGGGGGCAGUGCAAAUAGUCCGGGUAGCCAUGAUUAGCUGUUCAGGAGUCUUAUGGCUUGGGGGUAGAAGCUGUUGAGAAGUCUUUUGGACCUAGACUUGGCACUCCGGUACCGCUUGCCGUGCGGUAGCAGAGAGAACAGUCUAUGACUAGGGUGACUGGAGUCUUUGACAAUUUUGAGGGCCUUCCUCUCUGCUACCGUGUGUGAAAACCUUGUGAAGACUUACAGAAAACGUUUGACCUGUGUCAUUGCCAACAAAGGGUAUAUAACAAAGUAUUGAGAAACUUUUGUUAUUGACCAAAUACUUAUUUUUCACCAUAAUUUGCAAAUAAAUUCAUUAAAAAUCCUACAAUGUGAUUUUCUGGAUUUUUUUCUCUCAUUUUGUCUGUCAUAGUUGACGUGUACCUAUGAUGAAAAUUACAGGCCUCUCUCAUCUUUUUAAGUGGGAGAACUUGCACAAUUGGUGGCUGACUAAAUACUUUUUUCCCCCACUGUAUCUACUAGUUCUAAUGUAUCCAUGACAUUCACGAUUUCCUUAAGAGCAUGAGGGUGAUUGUUUGUAGUGUGAUUUCCUUUACGGUCCAUUGAGCUAUUUAAAAUGGUAUUAUAAUCUCCCACCAUAAUAAUAGAGUCUUGAAUUGCUUGCAAGGUCGAUCAUUUAUUAUAUAUAUUUUCAAAGAAGUGUGGAUCAUCUUUAUUUGGUCCGUAAAGGUUAAUGAGCCAUAUUUGUUUAUGGUCCAAUAACAUAUUUAAAAUAAUCCAUCUACCUUGUUUAUCUGUUUGAACAAUUUGCACAUUCUGAUCGAAGUUACUGUUAAUUAAUAUCAUCACCCCUUUUGAGUUUCUUAUCCCAUGGGAGAAGUAUAUUUCACCCCCCCCCCCCCCCCCAUUCCUUUUUCCAUGGAACUUCAUCUAGAAUUGUUGAAUGGGUUUCCUGUAAACAUUAGAUACUAUAUUCCUUCUCUUUGAGCCAUGUAAAUAUUGUUCUUUUGUUAUUUUCUGCUAAACCAUUACAAUUAUAACUGGCUAUACUUAUUUCACCACAUACCAUAAUGAGAUACAAGUUUCAAAUCUAUUUGUCAUUAUACAGUGAGGGAAAAAAGUAUUUGAUCCCCUGCUGAUUUUGUACGUUUGCCCACUGAUAAAGACAUGAUCAGUCUAUAAUUUUAAUGGUAGGUUUAUUUGAACAGUGAGAGACAGAAUUAACAACAAAACAAUCCAGAAAAACGCAUGUCAAAAAUGUUAUGAAUUGAUUUGCAUUUUAAUGAGGGAAAUAAGUAUUUGACCCCUCUGCAAAACAUGACUUAGUACUUGGUGGCAAAACCCUUGUUGGCAAUCACAGAGGUCAGACGUUUAUUGUAGUUGGCCACCAGGUUUGCACACAUCUCAGGAGGGAUUUUGUCCCACUCCUCUUUGCAGAUCUUCUCCAAGUCAUUAAGGUUUCGAGGCUGACGUUUGGCAACUCGAACCUUCAGCUCCCUCCACAGAUUUUCUAUGGGAUUAAGGUCUGGAGACUGGUGCUUCUUCUUGAGCCACUCCUUUGUUGCCUUGGCCGUGUGUUUUGGGUCAUUGUCAUGCUGGAAUACCCAUCCACGACUAAUUUUCAAUGCCCUGGCUGAGGGAAGGUGGUUCUCACCCAAGAUUUGACGGUACAUGGCCCCGUCCAUCGUCCCUUUGAUGCGGUGAAGUUGUCCCCUUAGCAGAAAAACACCCCCAAAGCAUAAUGUUUCCACCUCCAUGUUUGACGGUGGGGAUGGUGUUCUUGGGGUCAUAGGCAGCAUUCCUCCUCCUCCAAACACGGUGAGUUGAGUGGAUGCCAAAGAGCUCGAUUUUGGUCUCAUCUGACCACAUCACUUUCACCCAGUUCUCCUCUGAAUCAUUCAGAUGUUCAUUGGCAAACUUCAGACGGGCCUGUAUAUGUGUUUUCUUGAGCAGGGGACCUUGCGGGCGCUGCAGGAUUUCAGUCCUUCACGGCGUAGUGUGUUACCAAUUGUUUUCUUGGUGACUAUGGUCGCAGCUGCCUUGAGAUCAUUGACAAGAUCGUCCCGUGUAGUUCUGGGCUGAUUCCUCACCGUUCUCAUGAUCAUUGCAACUCCACGAGGUGAGAUCUUGCAUGGAGCCCCAGGCCGAGGGAGAUUGACAGUUAUUUUGUGUUUCUUCCAUUUGCGAAUAAUCACACCAGCUGUUGUCACCUUCUCACCAAGCUUUUUGGCGAUGGUCUUGUAGCCCAUUCCAGCCUUGUGUAGGUCUACAAUCUUGUCCCUGACAUCCUUGGAGAGCUCUUUGGUCUUGGCCAUGGUGGAGAGUUUGAAAUCUGAUUGAUUGAUUGCUUCUGUGGACAGGAGUCUUUUAUACAGGUAACAAGCUGGGAUUAGGAGCACUCCCUUUAAGAGUGUGCUCCUAACUUAGCUCGUUACCUGCAUAAAAGACACCUGGAAGCCAGAAAUCUUUCUGAUUGAGAGGGGUCAAAUAUUUAUUUCCCUAAUAAAAUGCAAAUCAAUUUAUAACAUUUUUGACAUGCGUUUUUCUGGAUUUCUUUGUUGUUAUUCUGUCUCUCACUGUUCAAAUAAACCUACCAUUAAAAUUAUAGACUGAUCAUUUCUUUGUCAGUGGGCAAACGUACAAAAUCAGCAGGGGAUCAAAUAAUUUUACCAAUAGAAAAUACCAUAGUGAUUGAGUGUCCAUAUAGCUAUACCAUGAUAUUUGCAAUGUUACUAAAUAACCCUCCAAUUGUUCUCCACUAAUUCCCCUGCUAAAACAGCUCCCCAUCCUAAAUUGGGCCAUCAUCCCAGUGAUCAGCAUAACACCCCUGUCCCCCCGGAUCCCUAUGCCCCCGAGGGGCCAGGACCCAUCCAUCGAAAACAUCACAUAGUGCCACCCACAAAACCGAAGCAGGUCAACUGCCAAAAGCAUUUCCAAUGCUCUCACCUCAAUAUAUUUAUAUACAGUGGGGAGAACAAGUAUUUGAUACACUGCCGAUUUUGCAGGUUUUCCUACUUACAAAGCAUGUAGAGGUCUGUAAUUGUUAUCAUAGGUACACUUCAACUGUGAGUGACGGAAUCUAAAACAAAAAUCCAGAAAAUCACAUUGUAUGAUUUUUAAGUAAUUAAUUUGCAUUUUAUUUAGAUUCCGUCUCUCACAGUUGAAGUGUACCUAUGAUAAAAAUUACAGACCUCUACAUGCUUUGUAAGUAGGAAAACCUGCAAAAUCGGCAGUGUAUCAAAUACUUGUUCUCCCCACUGUAGCUAUUUGAAAAAUAUCUAUUCACAUAUCUUGCAUAUUUUAUUUUCCAUCAUUAUCAAUUAAUGAGCAUAAUAAUGUCGGCAUUCAUGCGUAGGAUUUUAACCUAUAACCUGAAUUAUAUGCAGCAAAGCAUCCCCAAUCCAUCACACCACCACCACCAUGCUUGACCUUUGGUAUGAUGUUCUUACUAUGGAAUGCAGAGUUUGGUUUUCGCCAGGUAUUUCUGGAACCAUGUCGUCCAAAAAGUUAUACUUUUGAAUCAUCUGUCCAUAGAACGUUCUUCCAAGAGUCUUGAUGAUCAUCCAGGUGCUUUUUGGCAAACUUGAGUCAACUUUUUGGACGAGAUGGGUCCCAUUAUGCCUGGCGAAAACCAAACACUACCUUCCACAGUAAGAACAUCAUACCAAAGGUCAAGCGUGGUGGUGUGAUGGUUUGGGGAUGCUUUGCUGCCUCAGGACCUGGACGACUUGCCUUAAUAGAAGGAACCAUGAAUUCUGCUCUGUAUCAGAGAAUUUUACAGGAGAAUGUCAGACCAUCCGUCUGUGACCUGAAGCGGAGCUGGGUCAUGCAGCAAGACAAUGAUCCAAAACACACAAUCAAGUCUACAUGUGAAUUGCUAAAAAGCAACAAAUUGGAAGUUUUGGAAUGGCCUAGUCAAAGUCCAGACCUAAUCCCAAUUGAGAUGUUGUGGCAGGACUUGAAAUGAGCAGUUCAUGCUUGAAAACCCACACGUCACUGAGUUAAAGCAGUUCUGCAUGGAAGAGUGGGCCAAAAUUCCUCCACAGUGACGUGAGAGACUGAUCAACAACUACAGGAAGCAUUUGGUUGGAGUCAUUGCAGCUAAAGGUGGCACAACCAGUUAUUGAGUGUAAGGGGGCAAUUACUUUUUCACACAGGGGAAUUGGGUGUUGCAUAACUUUGUUUAUGAAAUAAAUAUGUAAUUGUUGUGUUAUUUAUUCACUUAUGUUCCUUUAUCUAAUAUUAGAUUUUGGUUGAAGAUCUGAUAACAUUCAGUAUCACAAAUAUGCAAAAGUAGAGAAAAUUAGAAAGGGGGCAAAUACUUUUUCCUAGCACUGUAUGUUCAAUCCUAGGUGAUGGAGAUCAGAUCCACCCUCUUCACCUGAGACACAAACACUCUGGUCCCCCGUUGUAACCAUUUUCCCAAGCAUCUCCGUGCAGUCAUACCUUUGAUUAUUUUGGGCCACAAUAGUAAGCCCCCUCUCUGAUUGUCCGAGUGUGACCCCCCUCCCCAUGGGUUACUGCAGCCAGUGUUGCCAGCACUGCCACUACCUGGGUGGGGGUACCCCACCGGAAUCCCCACCGGCUAGGUACAAGGUCGUCAAGGUUCUCAUUAGCAGCUUUGAGAAUUUCCUUGUAUAUUAUGCUCCCCCAUCGGGGGCUCUGGCUUUGUAGGACCAACCCUGCCAGGCAGGCUCAGAAUCUUGAGGGGGCGGUGCUGCUCAAGUAGGUCUCUGACCGCAUUUAUUUAUCUGUUUUGGCUGCAUAUAGGCAAUUCACAGCAGGUCCAUAAAACAGAUGGGAACUUUUCUUUGGUGUAUGGGUCGCUCAGGUGGGUGUCCAGGAUAUAGGGUUGGGGAUCGUUCCAUCAUGAUAGGACAAUAAAAAAAUAGAUUAGAUGUAUACUAUAUUUAAAAAUGUAUAUCCCUCAUCUACACAAAAUUGAAAGCUCCCUCUCACAACCCCUGCUCAUAGACACCCGUUGGUUCUGGGAUAUGCAACCAUUUCCCCUCUCACUCACUUAACGCCAGAAUUUUCCAAACACAAAAACGCACUCCACAUGGCUGAUUGCGGAGGAUAGGGGCCGAGCGCGCGCCUGCAUCCCAUGCCUGCCGCAAGGGGGAAAGGACACCAGGGAGAACACAGGACCAACCACAACAACCGUCCGCCAAAACCACAAUUGCCUGCCAAAAAUGCAAUGUUCUAAUUAGUUGUAUUUGAAGAUGUGUUAUUCUGCUUGUUAUCUUUUCUUGUUAUAUCGUCUUAUCCUUUUAUAAAAUACUAUACAUGUUCUUUACAAUCCCUAUCAUGGCUAGUAUUGGGUGUUCCAUUAUUCGACUCCUCUAUUAGAACUUUCAGAAUAGCCAUGGAGUAAUCUUUGUGUCUCGGAACAUUUGGUUGUCAAUAUACAGUUUAUCGACAACGAGUGCAACACAUUUCCCUUUUAAACUAUUUUCCUUGAAGAUUGGAUACAGAACUUUGCGCAUUUGUGCAAUCUCCCUCGGAAACUGAUCAUUCAUGCCUAUUUUCGUGCCAGCAAGUCUUUUACCUAGGCUUUUAACCAUUGCUUUAUCCUUAAAAAAAACAAAAUUUGCCAACGAUUGGACACUCGUAUUUCUGUCCUCCUUUGUCCGAAACGGUGUACACGUUCGAGUUGGAUUUUAUCGACAGCCUCGAGUGGAAUCUGCAGCGCUGUAAGAAAGAAGUCCUUCACAUUAUUCUGAGUUACUUCUCCCUCUUUUUCCUGAAUACCCGUAAGUACUAGAUUUUCUCUCUUUGAUCUAGUUUGGAUGUCUAGUAAGGCUUCUCUCUGAAGGUUGUUCUCCUUUUUAAGUUCCCUAACGUCCGUUUCCAUCUUAGUGACUGUCACGUUUAAUUUUUUGGUUUCUUUCUCCAUUAUCGCAGCUUUUUCGUCACUCAUUUCAAGACUAGCUUUCAACUCCUUUACAUCCUUACUGACCAACUCUAGUAUGCCCAGUUUGUCAUUUAUUGACUUCAACAGGUCUCUUUCCACACUUACCAGACCCAGUGGUGAAAAGCAUAAAUAAUCUGUAUCAGUCGACGAGUCGCGUUUUCUCUUGGGGAUUGGUUCUCCUCGUUUAUCUUCCGACAUGUUUGGGUGUUGCGUGUUGUUGUAAUAUUUGUCUAUAUUUCUCUAGCCUUAUGAUAUGUUUUGUGUUAUUAUCCAGAUUGAAUUUUAUUAACUGCGAAUAUAUGAAAUGCUAAUAUUAAGUCUAACUUACUGAUUUUUGAAUAUUAUGUUUUUAUCUUGAGGUGAUUUGUACCGCUGUCUAUUCAAUACGCCAUCUUGAAGGUUUGAGUGUGUGCUUUAAAAAAAACAGCCACUGCCCUUCUACCACCUUCCUUCCACCUGUUCUAGCUAAUGUAUACUGAGUCUUCUAGCACAAAAUGGCUACCUCACUACACUCUUUGCUCUGGCCCAUCCACUGCUCUUUCUUUAAAGCCUGAAUAUCAGCUGUGUUGUGAAAUACAGGGCGUGGAGAGCUCAGGGGCUGAACGGAGAUAACGUAGAGCUUGAUAUAUGUUAUCACUAAGCCAAGGUUACUUUAGUGGCGAGCUUAAUGUUACACUGUUGGCACAGAGCUUAGGUUGUAGUCUCAACUGUGCUUGUCUGGAAACUGAUCCCAGAUGAGGACACAGUUUUGGGAUGGUCUGUGCAGUGAUAUCAAUGGAGGAUGCACUCAAGAAAACUGAUGCAAAGAAACAGGUCCAAGCAGUUUUGUUAUGCUAACCUCAGAGGAAAGAAAAACAUUCCCAUUAGAUGGUCUUCCUAAAUCAGUUGUUCUCACCCUCUCGUCCUCUCCCUCUCUCCUGCAGGAUAAGGAUGCUAAGAUAGCGUUCCUGCAGAAGGCCCUAGAUGUGGUGAUGCUGGUGAACGGCGAGCCCCUGUCGGCCAAGCCGGCGCGCAUUGUAGCCGGCCAUGAGCCUGAGAGGACCAACGAGCUGCUACAGGCCAUCGCCAAGUGCUGCCUCAACAAGGUAUGUCUGCUUGGAAAGUCCCAUAUACUUGUGUAACGGAGUUAAGAAUGUGCCUGUAAGCUCACUCCACAGCUAGCUUGAAAUGUCGCAGAUGGAGCUAUCCAAUUGGUACCUUUUUGUAUAGCUAAAUCAGUUUGCACAUUGUCAAGGAGGGCGGUCACGUGUGUUGCGAAGCAGAGGAUCACUGGUUCGAGCACGGUAUGGGGACAGGGACAGUUGAGGAAGCUAGACAUUGGCAUCUGUUUCACAUGCACACACCUGUAACUACACGACAUACACCCUCACAGACAGACAGACAGACAGGCAUGUGCACACACACACUGUCCAGAUUGUCAUACACAUGCAACCAAAUUUACAGACACGUUUGUGUGCAUUUGUAGCGGAAUCUUUGGUCCACAACAUCCAGAGUUGCCCCGAAAUAUAUUUUACAUAGCCACAGCCGCAAAGAAAAGUUAAAAGGUAGCUCUUGCUGCAAAUAUUGUGAGCAUAAGUUUGUUCAUUUCAGUGGUGGUCACCCAUCAACACACAAACAGAAUGCUCCAGAUAAGGUCAUUCAUGUUUACACACACUGAUGCUUUUGGGUGAAAUCUGAAGAGGAUCAAUUACACUCUAGCACAUUUUAAUUGGACCCUGAAGACAGCCAGUUUGAAUAAAGGGCUUCGAGCUCAGGGGAACUCUGCCAUGCCUCCCUAAGGGUCUCAUCAUGACAACUGUUCACAUACAUAUAAGCUAGCUAGCAUACACAACAUUGAUUAUAACAAGGACCACAAUGGAAAUAAAUAGUUAGACUUUGUGUUUUUAACCCUCAAUAAUUGAUGUAUUGUUGUACUCGAAUGGCUAAGGCAACUAUGUUAGAUAUUUCUAAUAAAAUGAAUUCAAUUCAUUAUAGACAGACAGAUGGGCAGGUAAUUAUAGACAAAUAUUGAUGUGUGCUAGCAAUGUGCUCUCCUCCUACAAUGCAUUACUUAGAAAAAUAUCAUCCCAAUAAACAAAGUCAAAGAAAAUAUAGAGAUAUGGUAGAAAGGACUAUCUGCAUUGACCCUAUCUUGCGCUGACUCUAUGCACACUCCAAAGACUAUACACACUAUAUACACAGAGUGUACAAAAUAUUAGGAACACCUCAUUCCAUGACAGUCUGACCAGGUGAAAGCUAUAAUCCCUUAUUAAUGUCACUUGUUAAAUCCACUUCAAUCAGUGUAGAUGAAGGGGAGGAGACCGGUUAAAGAAUGAUUUUUAAGCCUUGAGACAUGGAUUGUGUAUGUGUGCCAUUCAAAGGGUGAAUGAGCAAGAUAAAAUAUUUAAGUGCCUUUUGAAUGGGGUAUGGUAGUAGGUGCCAGGCGCACUGGUUUGAGUGUGUCAAGAACUGCAAUGAUGCAUUGGAGUCAACAUGGGCCAGCAUCCCUGUGGAACGCUUUCGACACCUUGUAGAGUCCAUGCCGCAACGAAUUGAGGCUGUUCUGAGGGCAGAAGUGGGUGCCUUUAUGUACAUACUGUAUCUACCUCAAAUACUGCAUACCCCUGCACAUUGGUCUGGUACUGGUACUCCCUGUAUAUAGCUGAAUUGUUUGUGUAUUUUAUUCCUCUUGUGUUAAAAUAAAAUAGUAUCAUAAUCUUUUUACUCUGCAUCAUUGGGAAAGGCUCGUAAGCAAGCAUUUCACGGUAUAGUCUACACCUGUUGUAUUUGGCGCAUGUGAUAAAUACAUUUUUAUUUGAUUUGAAAGUGAGUUGACAAUCACGUCUGUGCCCUGUGCCCUCAUGUCGUCCCCAGCUGUCCAGUGAGGAGGCGGUGAAGCGGGUGCUGGCCGGGGACAAGCUGGACCCCAAGGGGAAGGACAGCACCUCCCGGUCCCAGGACAAGGAGAACAGGGAGGGACGAGAUCGCCAACGAGACCAAGUGGUGAGACCAGGGGCCCUAUCCACAAAGCCUCUCAAAGUGAAAUGCUGAUCUAGGAUCAGGUCCCAACCUGUCCGUAUAAUCUUAUUCAUUAUGAUUACAAAGGCUAAACUGAUCCUAGAUCAGCACUCCUACUCUCAGAUGGUUUAUGAAUACGGCCCAGACACACAGAAUUCAGACUAGACAGCAUAUAUUCCCAUCAGACCAUGGGCAUACCAUUGAGCUACACUCCCCUCCGUAUUUAUUUAGACAGUGAAGCAAAAAUGUUACAUUAGUUAUGUACUCCAGCAUUUUGGAUUUGAGUAUUUCCAUAGUUAUCGGUGUUACCGUUUAGAAAUGAAAGCACUUAAUAUGUCGAGUCCCCUCAUUUGAAGAAGUCAUAGGUAUUUGGACAAAUUCACUUACAGUGGGGAAAAAAGUAUUUAGUCAGCCACCAAUUGUGCAAGUUCUCCCAUUUAAAAAGAUGAGAGAGGCCUGUAAUUUUCAUCAUAGGUACACGUCAACUAUGACAGACAAAAUGAGAAAAAAAAAAUCAAGAAAAUCACAUUGUAGGAAUUUUUAAUGAAUUUAUUUGCAAAUUAUGGUGGAAAAUAAGUAUUUGGUCAAUAACAAAAGUUUCUCAAUACUUUGUUAUAUACCCUUUGUUGGCAAUGACCCUUUGUUUUCUAUGGGGUUGAGAUCUGGAGACUGGCUAGGCCACUCCAGGACCUUGAAAUGCUUCUUACGAAGCCACUCCUUCGUUGCCCGGGCGGUGUGUUUGGGAUCAUUGUCAUGCUGAAAGACCCAGCCACGUUUCAUCUUCAAUGCCCUUGCUGAUGGAAGGAGGUUUUCACUCAAAAUCUCACGAUACAUGGCCCCAUUCAUUCUUUCCUUUACAUGGAUCAGUCGUCCUGGUCCCUUUGCAGAAAAACAGCCCCAAAGCAUGAUGUUUCCACCCCCAUGCUUCACAGUAGGUAUGGUGUUCUUUGGAUGCAACUCAGCAUUCUUUGUCCUCCAAACACGACGAGUUGAGUUCUUACCAAAAAGUUCUAUUUUGGUUUCAUCUGACCAUAUGACAUUCUCCCAAUCCUCUUCUGGAUCAUCCAAAUGCACUCUAGCAAACUUCAGACGGGCCUGGACAUGUACUGGCUUAAGUAGGGGGACACGUCUUGCACUGCAGGAUUUGAGUCCCUGGCGGCGUAGUGUGUUACUGAUGGUAGGCUUUGUUACUUUGGUCCCAGCUCUCUGCAGGUCAUUCACUAGGUCCCCCCGUGUGGUUCUGGGAUUUUUGCUCACCGUUCUUGUGAUCAUUUUGACCCCACGGGGUGAGAUCUUGCGUGGAGCCCCAGAUCGCGGGAGAUUAUCAGUGGUCUUGUAUGUCUUCCAUUUCCUAAUAAUUGCUCCCACAGUUGAUUUCUUCAAACCAAGCUGCUUACAUAUUGCAGAUUCAGUCUUCCCAGCCUGGUGCAGGUCUACAAUUUUGUUUCUGGUGUCCUUUGACAGCUCUUUGGUCUUGGCCAUAGUGGAGUUUGGAGUGUGACUGUUUGAGGUUGUGGACAGGUGUCUUUUAUACUGAUAACAAGUUCAAACAGGUGCCAUUAAUACAGGUAACGAGUGGAGGACAAAGGAGCCUCUUAAAGAAGUUACAGGUCUGUGAGAGUCAGAAAUCUUGCUUGUUUGUAGGUGACCAAAUACUUAUUUUCCACCAUAAUUAGCAAAUAAAUUCAUUAAAAAUCCUGCAAUGUGAUUUUCUGGGAAAAAAAUUCUCAAUUUGUCUGUCAUAGUUGACGUGUACCUAUGAUGAAAAUUACAGGCCUCUCUCAUCUUUUUAAGUGGGAGAACUUGCACAAUUGGUGGCUGACUAAAUACUUUUUUUCCCCACUGUAUAGUGUAUUAAAGUAGUCAAAAGUGUAGUAUUUGGUCCCAUAUUCCUAGCAUGCAAUGACUAUAUCAAGCUUGUGACUACAAACUUGUUGGAUGCAUUUGCAGUUUGUUUUGGUUGUGUUUUGAAUAAUGAUGAUCAUACCCCCAAAAUCAUGAAUAAAGAUCAUACCCACAAAAAAUGCUUACCUCCCAUUUUAAUUGGUAUUGAUGAGAGUUUAGCAUGUUUUGUUGUAGCUUCUGAAUAGCAUUUCACUCAUCAUUAUUCAUGAUUUAUUCAUGGUUUUUCUUAAUCAUGGCAUUAUCAGGAUUAAUUUAGUGUUCAGAAACCUCUUAUCUACUCACUAAGAAAGAAAAUCACUCCAGUCAUCAUUCACCAUUCAGUUACUAUUGGGCAAAACAUAACCCAUACCCCAAAACACAACCAAAACUAGGAAUAUGGGAUCAAAUACACUUUAAGUGAAUUUGUCCAAAUAAUUUAUGACUUCUUCACAUGGGGGCACUAGAUAAAGUGCUUUCAUGAAAAUACCCUCAAAUAAAAGGUGGCAUUCUGUACUGUUGCCUCAUAUGAAACAUUUGAUCUCAAAUCCAAAAUGCUGGAGUAUAGAAAGGCCACAUGUAACAUUUUAGCUUCACUGUCCAAAUACAUACGUAAGUAAGUGUUCAUGAGCUUUGUGAAAUCAUAGAAAUCAGUCACCAUCGUUUUCAAAAAUGUAAAUUAAAAAACCUCUAAUUUAAAGAUUUGUCAUACAGGGCUAAUGUUUGCCUGGUACCACAGUGUUUUGAGGGUGUCCCUAUGGUCACACAAUGCAUUUGUGUGUAUUCGCCUCCGUGUGUGUAUAUGCGUUGCUAUAUACAGUGGCUUGCGAAAGUAUUCACCCCCCCUUGGCAUUUUUCCUAUUUUGUUGCCUUACAACCUGGAAUUAAAAUGGAUUUUUGAGGGGUUUGUAUCAUUUGAUUUACACAACAUGCCUACCACUUUGAAAAUGCAAAAUAUAUUUUUUCUUGUGAAACAAACAAGAAAUAAGUAAAAAAGCUUACAUAACUAUUCACCCCCCCAAAGUCAAUACUUUGUAGAGCCACCUUUUGCAGCAAUUACAGCUGCAAGUCUCUUGGGGUAUGUCUCUAUAAGCUUGGCACAUUUAGCCACUGGGAUUUUUGACCAUUCUUCAAGGAAAAACUGCUCCAGCUCCUUCAAGUUGGAUGGGUUCCACUGGUGUACAGCAAUCUUUAAGUCAUACCACAGAUUCUCAAUUGGAUUGAGGUCUAGGCCAUUCCAAGACAUUUAAAUGUUUCCCCUUAAACCACUUGAGUGUUGCUUUAGCAGUAUGCUUAGGGUCAUUGUCCUGCUGGAAGGUGAACCUCCGUCCCAGUCUCAUAUCUCUGGAAGACUGAAACAGGUUUCCCUCAAGAAUUUCCCUGUAUUUAGCGGCAUCCAUCAUUCCUUCAAUUCUGACCAGUUUCCCAGUCCCUGCCGAUGGAAAAACAUCCCCACAGCAUGAUGCUGCCACCACCAUGCUUCACUGUGGGGAUGGUGUUCUCGGGGUGAUGAGAGGUGUUGGGUUUGCGCCAGACAUAGCGUUUUCCUUGAUGGCCAAAAAGCUCAAUUUUAGUCUCAUCUGACCAAAGUACCUUCUUCCAUAUAUUUGGGGAGUCUCCCACAUGCCUUUUGGCGAACACCAAAUGUGUUUGCUUAUUUUUUUCUUUAAGCAAUGGCUUUUUUCUGGCCACACUUCUGUGAAGCCCAGCUCUGUGGAGUGUACGGCUUGAAGUGGUCCUAUGGACAGAUACUCCAAUCUCCGCUGUGGAGCUUUGCAGCUCCUUCAGGGUUAUCUUUGGUCUCUCUGUUGCCUCUCUGAUUAAUGCCCUCCUUGCCUGUUCUGUGAGUUUUGGUGGGUGGCCCUCUCUUGGCAGGUUUGUUGUGGUGCCAUAUUCUUUCAAUUUUUUUAUAAUGGAUUUAAUGGUGCUCCAUGGGAUGUUCAUAUUUUUUUAUAACCCUGAUCUGUACUUCACCACAACUUUGUCCCUGACCUGUUUGGAGAGCUCCUUGGUCUUCAUGUUGCCGCUUGCUUGGUGGUGUCCUUUGCUUAGUGGUGUUGCAGACUCUGGGGCUUUUCAGAACAGGUGUAUGAAUACUGAGAUCAUGUGACACUUAGAUUGCACACAGGUGGACUUUAUUUAACUAAUUAUGUGACUUCUGAAGGUAAUUGGUUGAAACAGAUCUUAUUUAGGGGCUUCAUAGCAAAGGGGGUGAAUACAUAUGCACGCAUCACUUUUCCAUUAUUUAUUAUUUAGAAUUUUUUGAAACAAGUAAUUUUUUUUAUUUCACUUCACCAAUUUGGACUAUUUUGUGUAUGUCCAUUACAUGAAAUCCAAAUAAAAAUCAAUUUAAAUUACAGGUUGUAAUGCAACAAAAUAGGAAAAAUGCCAAGGGGGGAUGAAUACUUUUGUAAGGCACUGUAUAUGUGUGGUCUUACAUGUGUUUGUUUCUCCAGGAGAGGAAGGAGAUCCAAGAGCACAGCGGUGGCGGGGGUCGGGAGCAGAAGGACCCGGACCUGCCCAAAGAGCAUGAGGGCAGGCGGGGCGACAAGGACAAGGAGCGCCACCGCGUGAGAGAGAGGUCGAAGAAGGGCCGCGAUCGAGACCGGACCAAAGACCGUGACAAGGACAAGAGCCGGGACCGAGAAAUGGACAAAGACAAUGAAAGAGAGAAAGACAGAGAACGAGACAAGGAGAGAGAGCGGGACCGAGUACGAGACGAGAGAGAAAGGGACAGGGACGGGGAAAAGAGCAAAGACAAGGAGUCGCACAGAGAGAGAGACAGAGAGAGGGAUAAGGAGAAAGAUUUUGACCGGGUGAAACGGCCAGACAAAGAGCGAGACAAGGGGGAGAAGGAGAGAGAGCCCAGACACAAACAGGGGGAGGAGAAAGGUAACAAAAAGGUAGAGUAUGUCUGUCAUUCCAUGACUUUGUGCCAUAUAGUCCUUAAUGUAACAGUGGCCGCAACAAGUGCUUCUAUGAGAUCCUGAGGAGUUUGUGUGUUUAGGCCAGAGCGUCAGAGGAGACAAAACACAGACCACAUCCAGAGGAGCCCAGUAAAACGGCCAAACCUGAACCAGCGGUAAGCUUUACCCUCUCUCUCCUAUGAGCAGUAUAUACUAUUGGCAGUCAUUUUCAUGUUCAACCAAUGCCUACAUUUCUCAUUCCAUUCCAGUCCUUUCCCACUCCAGUACUUUCUCAUUCCUCUCCAGUCCUUUCCCACUCCAGCACUUUCUUAUUCCUCUCCAGUCCUUUCUCACUCCAGUACUUUCUCAUUCCACUCCAGUCAGUUUCCCACUCCAGAUUUUUCAUUCUAUUAAUGGAUGAUAUUAAGGCUAAAGACUUGCAGUAUGUAGAAUAGUGUUUAUCAGGGAUUGACGUUAAGGGUUCACCUAUUGCCUGGGGCAAGUGAACUGAGCAUUCCCGCAAGUUGAGCAUGCUCUUGAGGUUGCCCCAUUGGGCAGGUGAUAAAAAAUUAAUAAAAGUGAAAACAACCAAACUGCAAAGAAUUCUUGUAGCCUAAAACUGAUAUUUCUGGUUCCUCCCCAUUGUUUAAGUAAAAUACACAAUUUAUGGCAUUAAUGGCAGUCGGCAAGUUAAGCCUGCUCUGAGAACUUUUUUUACUGAUGACAACCAAAAUAAAAGGAAUUCCUGUACUGAUCUUUCUGAUACCUCCCCUAUGUGUAGGUGAAAGGCAGGAAAUAGAUGGCACUUCUGUGUGUAAAUGGAUAAUUUACAUUUUCAGUCAAAUGAACAUAAUCUUCGGGCCCCUUUAAAAAAAAAUAUAUAUAUAUAAUGGGAAAUACAAAUCGGUUAAAAUUGUGACAUAUUUGGGACCAACUCCAUAUUAAUGCCCAUGAUUUUGGAAUGAGAUGUUCGACGAGCAGGUGUCCACAUACUUUUGGUCAUGUAGUGUAAGUCUAUUUCAAGAAACCUUAGUCCCAAAGUCCAUGUUAUUUCAAAAUAGUUCUGAUUGAUUUUGAGAUUAAAGAACGUCCCAGCAUUUGGGCACCAUUGGGCGGGGGAGGGUUCUCUUGCAAUGAGAAAGUACGGAAGAGAUUGCUGGAGCACAUGUUCUGGACAGAUUGUGAGCUUUAUCAAAAAUAUUUAUCAAAAUAUUGCACUUUUCUGCCAUUGCCAUAAAAGGGGUCAAUUCCUUAGGCCUUUGGUGUGACGCCUUUUGAAUGUAUAAUUGAAAAUAAGAAUGAUAAGGAUAAAUAUCAAUGAAAAAAUGUGUGGUGAAAUCAAAUGGAAAGCUUACUGUUAACAAUAAAGUCAAUACAGCCUGAGAUUUCCACUGGCGUGACAACUUUUUUCCCUUGGUGUGACAUGAAGAUGGUGACACACCAGAGGAAAUUGCUGUCACUCCGGGGGACAUAACCCAUUAAUAAACUACUAUAAUUACCUUUUUAGAUGUAUUUCUCAUCAAAUAACACCCAUUUGUGUUAGACCUAUCCUGUUUAAAUGUUGAUCAUUUUAAGUGGUUCUGAGUGCAAUAUUUACAUUUUCAUUCUCCCACGUCUGGUUUCUCACACCCUGCAGGUGACAUUUACAUUUAAGUCAUUUAGCAGACGCUCUUAUCCAGACCGACUUACAAAUUGGUGCAUUAAACUUAGGAUAGCCAGUGGGACAACCACUCCUUUUUUUUUUUUAUGGGGGGUGGGGGGGUAGAAGGAUUACUGUUAUACUAUUCCAGGUAUUCCUUGCUCAGGCGACCUCUGGGUCUCUCUGCCGCCUAGGGAGGGUCUGGUUAUUUUACUUGGCCCUAGUGAUGGUGCAGGCAGAUAUUGGGGACUGGCUGUGGUGCCUCCAAUUCCUUGUUUUUCACUCCCUGCAUUAGACCAUCCAUCCCCCUUGAUCCCUCUCUGUCUAACCAGUUUCACUCCCCCUGACUGAUUGGCAUACCUGGUCCCCCUGGGAGGGCCCCCAUUGGCAGGGCCUCUUGAAGACUAUUCACCCUGCCUCCAAUACGCCCCGGUCGGCCUCACUCUGAGUGAGACCCAGUUGACCCUUCUUUUAUUUUACAUUUGAGUCAUUUAUCAGACCGUCUUAUCCAGAGUGACUUACAGGAGCAAUUAGGGUUAAGUGCCUUGCUCAAGGGCACAUCGACACAGCUUGUUCACCUAGUCGGCUCAGGGAUUCGAACUAGCUACCUUUCGGUUACUGGCCCAACGCUCUUAACCGCCAGCCUACCUUGCCACUUUUGAGGCCCUUCAAUUGGAAUGAGUACACUUAAGUCCUUUAGUGAGUGUCCAUUACUGAUGUUUAGAAGUUGAAUUUUAAUUAGUUUGUUUUAACCGUCAAAUGUGACUGCCUGUUGUGUAUUGUCCAUCGGUGUGACAUACUGUACUAUGGAGUGAUGCCAAAAAAGGGGAAAAAAAAGGUGUUUUGAACAAAAUGUAAAUAUUAAGCAGGAGGCAGAUAACAUCAUAGGAAACUAAUAGCUUUUUAUCUAGGUUUUUGUCAAAUUACUGUGAGUCUUACUCAAAUGUAAUGGGGAGACAAUUGGUUGUCUUUACACAGGAAAGUUUUUCAAUUGAAAUUCCAGAAUAUGUUUACGGAUUAAAAAAAAGAAAAAGUAACUAAUAAUGAGUACAAAUAUUUUUCUUGUCUAUUUGAGAAUCAUUACACCUUUUUAUAUUAGCAUUAAAUAUGUCACACCAGAGGACAAAUUCAAUGCAUGAAAUGGUUAAUUAAAUUGGAUUUAAAAAUUCAAUCAAAGGUGGCCACAACAUUUUGAAUUGUUUAGACAUAUUUUAUUGCAACUCUAUGUUUUUACUUUAAUCUUUAGAAUAAAUAAUGUUAUUUUGUUUUGGCCUUAGCAACUACCCUAAUGUAAAUUCCUUGUUUAUGCUCCCAUUUAUGAUCUUGCCCCAUCACUGUGUGUGUGUCAUGGCCUUAAUGCAUGUGUACUCUCACCUUCAACCCCAAGGCUGAAAAUGAUAAACAGGAGGAGGUAGCUACAUGCCUAAUAGUACUGCAGUUGCUCUGAAUGUGUUAGUAUAGAUGCUAAUUCGCUCGCUUGCUUCAUUUCACUUCAAGGGCUUUUAAUCCUGGCUUGUUGCUAGGAUAGAACACAUUAGGUUUUUUCUGCAACUUUGACCAAGACAGCUGUCAUCUGCAGCACUCUGCAUUCAUUGAGAGAUUAGUUAUAUUUAGCACACUCUUGGUUUGUGAGGGUUUCCAGUCUAUUGCUUUAUCUUCUGUUUUCAACUCCAGUAUUGUGCCAGUAUUUCAGUAGAAUUUCAUCAUUAUUUGUCUAGGCUAGCCUAUAUUUGACCAAAUAAAGAACUUAUACUUGGGAAGACUAACCAUGGCACAUAUUUGAGCUGGUCAUAAGCCUGCUGUUGUUUUUAGCAUAGAAUAACUUCAGGAGCUUAGCAAUAAUGACGGAGCUACCCUGCUCAACUCUUAAGGGUGCAUCACACAUAUUUGUAUCUUUCUUUCCAGUACCACCAGAGAUGGAAAAUAAAUCGAUACAUUUUCUGAGAAAGAUAUAGACUACUGCUACAUCCAUGAACUGAUGUUGAAUAUGCUUUAGUUGUGUGGCACACAUUUGACUUAGCUAAGGUAGAACACUUGUAGUACCACAUAGUCAUAGAUUAGGACUAAAGUGUCAUCCAUAGAAAUAGAAAAACGGGCCAAUAACAUUUUAGAGACGGGGCUAAUAUAAUCUAUUUCUAUGCUGCUAUUAGUGUGAUAAUGUUUGAUUCUGUGCUACCACUGGAAUUAUCCACAAAAGCCUAUUGAUGAUACAUCUGAAGAGGUAUCCCUUCUUUGCCUAUCUAGCCUAAUGCCCCAUAGUCUAUCGCUAGAGCUAUUUAGCAGAUUCAGAACUGCGUUUAACUCGGUAGUACAGUAUGGCUGCCUGAUAGGUUUACCUACUUUAACAUAGCGCUGUGAGCAUUUUCAGUAGUUUGUUUGGCUGUCUUAGCAUAGCUUGUCAAUCCAUGCUGUAAAAAAUUAAAUAAAUAAUCAUAGCAGCUUGGUUUCCUACUGCUUUACCUGCAUUGUAGCUCCCUUUGGUGGAAGGUUCGGACAUAGGUCUGGAUUCAGUUGGGCUAAGCAGAUAUUUACCCAACGCUGUCUUUCUCUGUUUAUAGACAGCAGAAGUCACAUACAAGCAGGUAACCUCUUAUUUGUAAAGAGGGGCUGCCUGUGUCCUCCUUUUCCUACGAAUGACCCUGCAUGUGUGCAUGUUUAUAAGUGUGUACACAUGCUCUCCAUCCUGAAUUGGACACACUUACCCAGUCAUUUUCCCCUCCCAUCUCCUUUCCCUCUCUCCUCUCCUCAGUCUGACAGUCCAGCCAGAAUACCUCGGCCUUCAUCUGCCAAGGGGCAGAGGCGCAGGCCCAAAGCAGGAGGCCAACAAGGUAACCCCCCUCCAACCCCUCCGCUUCUCUGGCCUUUCGCUAAAGUCAUACUUCUGUUUACACCAUAAUAUGAAUAGAUAAAUAAAAUAGAUACAAAUAAUUGUUCUGUUGCCUCUUUUCCAGAAGAGUCUGACAGUGAAGGUGAGUAUUUUUCUCACCGCACCAUUACCGACUCUCAGUAGAUGGUGCUGGUGUUUUUUCCAUUUAGUGGUCCAGGGUGGACAUUUCUAUGCUUCUCUGUUCUAAAAGCCCUAGCCAUCAGUAGUUCUAGUUCUUGCUAUCAAGUUCAUCGGAUGUUCCAAUUAAAGGUGUUAGAAGGUGUGUUCUCAUGUCGGCAUCUUGUUGUAGAUGGAGACACUCCGUUGGCAGAGAGGCCGGUCCCCCUGGAGAACGGAGAUGCCACAGAUGCAGUGCCAGCCCACAUGGCGCACAGGUCUGUGUGUUGACAGCUGAUUAAGCAAAUUAGCAGGGUUUGAGGGCACUGCUCGAUUUGCACAGUCAGCAACAAUAGAAACAGUCUCUCCCAUAACCUCUCAACUUUUGGCCAAUUUCCUCUGUGUGACCGAAUAAGUUGUGUAACAUGCCUAGCGAUGUGUGUUUGCAUGCUACAGAACUCCAUUCACUGAUGCAAAUCCUCCACUUUUUCCUUGGUCAACUGCAACACUCUCUCUUUACACCACAACGAAUUGCUCUGCAAGUCCCCACUCUUAAUUAUAGUUUUCUCAGUGUAACAUAAAACGCAUGACUGUCCCAUUGUGAAGUAACUGACUGACUGAAUGAGUGUUGUCAUAGAGCAGCAGGGUUUCUCAACUCUAGUCCUGGGGACCUCUGUAUGUUCAGGUUCUCACUACAACCAAAUACUGCCUUUUAGACUCAGUAAACUGGUCAGUAUUUUAUUAUUCCAACUAAAUACAGUAACUUUUUACCCUGUCCUGUUCCUGUCUACAUGUCUUUGAAUAUUUGUGAUUAUUUGAAGAUGUGUGAUUCUGUGUCUUGGUUAAAUGGUUGUCUUUAAACAACCAAACAGUUGACUAAUUACUGGUGUAAUUGAUGCUCAAUUGGUGAAGAAUUCAGCGUACAUAGCAGGUCCCCAGGAUCAGUUUAGGGAAGCACUACUAUUUAUUUGUAAUCGAGGAUAUUAGUGAGUUGCCGUACUGGCUGGCUGAUCAUUCAUUAUUGUGGCCCAUCUUAUCUCCCCAACAGGAGGAUACCUCGGCCCAGCAGCGCCCGGCCCGCCCCUCCUCGGGUCAAGAGGCAGGAGAGCUACACUGACGUGACCCCAGCUGAAAGGUGACUUCCCCUCAUACAUUUUACUUCCUGUGCCACUAUGAAUUAUACAGUAGUCAGCAUAGCAGCGCUGCAUUUAGCAGGGCACAGCAUUUUGGAACUUUUCGAAAUAUUUGACGUAGAACAAACAUGCCUCUCUGACAUGUAGAUUUAGGAGUCACAUAAGCUCUAUUUUUGACAUUUUCUAUCUGCAGCAUUCCACAAUGUUUACCUACUGAACUAGGCUGAGAAAAUGUUUUGUACUUUGCACCAUGGCCUCCUUCCUCUAAACCCCUGUGUGUGUGUGUGUAAGGCUGACCAGUGCCAAGCCCCUUGCGGCCGUCAUCACGGAGGGGAAGAAGCUUUCUGAGGAUGAAGAUGAGCAGUUUGUGGUGGUGGAGGCCACCCCUCCUCCCCCCGACAUGCCCGAGAUGGUGAGGGAGCACAUACAUACAUGCAUUCGGAAAGUAUUUGGACCCCUUCACUUUUUCCACAUUUUGUUACGUUACAGCCUUAUUGUAAAACUGAUUAAAUUGUUUUUUCCCUCAUCAAUCUACGCACAAUACCCCAUAAUGACAAAGCAAAAACAGGUUUUUAGAAAUGUUUGCAAAUGUAUACUUUAAAAGAAACGGGAAUAUCACAUUUACAAACGUAUUCAGACCCUUUACUCAGUACUUUGUUGAAGCACCUUUUGGCAGCUGUUACAGCCUCGUGUCUUCUUGGGUAUGACGCUACAAGCUUGGCACACCUAUAUUUGGGGAGUUUCUCCUAUUCUUCUCUGCAGAUCCUCUCAAGCUCUGUCACGUUGGAUGGGGAGUGUUGCUGCACAGCACUAUUCCGGUCUCUCCAGAGAUGUUUGAUCGGGUUCAAGUCCGGCCUCUGGCUGGGCCACUCAAGGACAUUCAGAGACUUCUCCCGAAGCCACUCCUGUGUUGUCUUGGCUGUGUGCUUAGGGAAGGUGACCCUUCGCCCCAGUCUGAGGUCCUGAGCGCUCUGGAGCAGGUUUUCAUCAAGGAUCUCUCUGUACUUUGCUCCGUUCAUCUUUCCCUCGAUCCUGAUUAGUCUCCCAGUCCCUGCCGCUGAAAAACAUCCCCACAGCAUGAUGCUGCCACCACCAUGCUUCACUGUAGGGAUGGUGCCAGGUUUCCUCCAGAUGUGAUGCUUGACAUUCAGGCCAAAUAGUUCCAUCUUGGUUUAAUCAGACCAGAGAAUCUUGUUUCUCAUGGCAAACUCCAAGCGGGCUGUCAUGUGCCUUUUACCGAGGCCCUUCUCCCCCGAUUGCUCAGUUUGACCGGGCGGCCAGGUCUAGGAGGAGUCUUGGUGGUUCCAUACUUAUUUCAUUUAAGAAUGAUGGAGGCCACUGUCUUCUUGGGGACCUUCAAUGCUGCAGAACUUUUUUUGUACCCUUCCCCAGAUCUAUGCCUCGACACAAUCCUGUGUCGGAGCUCUACGGACAAUUCCUUUAACGUAAUGGCGUGGUUUUUGCUCUGACAUGCACUGUCUAUUGUGGGACCUUUAUAUAGACAGGUGUGUGCCUUUCAAAAUCAUGUCCAAUCAAUUGAAUUUACCACAGGUGGACGAUAAUCAAGUUGUAGAAACAUCUCAAGGAUGAUCAAUGGAAACAUGAUGCACCUGAGCUCAAUUUUGAGUCUCCUAGCAAAGAGUCUUUAUACUUAUGUAAAUACGUAUUUUUCUUUUUUUAUAUAUAUAAAUUUGCACACAAAAAAAACUGGUUUCACUUUGUCAUUAUGGGGUAUUGUGUGUAGAUUAAGGAACAUUUUUUAUUUUAAUCUAUUUUAGAAUAAGGCUGUAACGUAACAAAAUGUGGAAAAAGUUAAGGGGUCUGAAUACUUUCCGAAUGCACUAUAUCUGUUCAAGAGAAGAAGGAAGCAGCAUUGGUCAUUCUGAAUCUUUCUUAUGGUUUCUUCACUAUUUGGUCCUUCCAAAGGAGCCAACAGUGGAACUCCAAGGCGAUGAGAAACAUGGUGAGGAAUCCUACAAGCCAAACAAUCACUUAAUUUGACAUUGUAGGUGCUUAUCAUUUUAGUAGAUAUUGCUAGAUCUUUGCCAGGGUUUGUAUCUUAAAGGAGCAGUCUGCAGUUGUUCUAUCCCUUUUCAGACUUUUAUAUUAAUGAUAUACCCAUUGAUUCUUGAAGAAUAUACCUUAUAAAUACCUCAUGAGCUUAGUUCAACUGUCUUACCCCAUCAAAACCCAAAAUAUACGCUUGUUUUACUCCAAUGUGUGUAAACUGCAAGUUUGAUCUCAUGAAUGUUCAGUCCUUGCAUCCAUACCUCUGUCAAUGAAUUUGAGUGGUUACAUUUCUCCAGCCCCAUUCCUCAGCUAUUUACCAAAACAGUGGUGGGUUACCCGCUUUGUAAUUAUUUGAACCUCAGGUUGCCACUUUUAAGGAUGGUUAAAAAUUGCCAACAUUUUGAAAAACGAAUGAACCUUUUUUCAUCCACAGGUGGGCUGGUGAAAAAAAUCCUUGAAACCAAGAAAGACUUUGAAACGUCACCAUCAUCUCCAAAGUCCAAAGAACAGGUAAAAUGUCAGUGGUGUCCUACAGAUGUAGUGAUCUUGAUCUCCACUAGAGGGCAAUGCAAUGACAGCAAAACGACUGUGUUCCAAGUCAUUGGCUCUCAUUCCUCUCCCAUGACUCAAUUCUAGACAUUUUACUACCUCUCAAUGAGCGUACAAACUGUUAUUUCUUGAAAUUCAGUAUCUUAGGAUGUGGGGUUGCAAAACCCAUAGCAUACAGUCUAUUAGCUAAAUAAAGAAUCUUACAAAUGGAGUGAAGAAGUGUAAUUGCAAAAAACAUUGAACAUUUUUAUCUCCUCAGUUGAGCUAGAGAAACAACAACAUAAAGUGGGUUGAUUACAUCAGCGAGAAUAAAGAUUAAAUCAGCGAAAUGUCUCAACCCUUUGUUGUAAUUGAAUGUGGUUUUCUCAUUUAAUGUUUUGUAAGUGUUUUUGGCUGAGAAAGCAUUGCGAAAAUGCAUCCAAAUUAGGCUUAUCUAGCUCCGUCUCAACAACCAGUUUGAGAGAAAGUAUGUUUUAUUUUCAUUUCCCCCUCAUCUGUCUAGUUCACAUGCCUAAUGUAUGAAUUUGAUAAUUAUAAUGGAAAAUUGAUUUGAAUCAGCAACACUGAUUUCAUGCCAGCUGCAUCAUUUUUAAGAGACAAAAGCAAUAAUGUGGAUUUGACUAAAUCUACUAAACUUAACUACAUUUCCUUUCUGGUGUGAUUAAAAGUCUUCCUGCAUCCCACUUUUCUACCUUGGCCUCCUGCGUUACCUCUCCCUGUGAUUGAAACAUAAACUCCACAUUUCAUAGUUGAUAGAUUUUACAUUACUCUGAACAUGACUUCCAGUCUGACGUAACACCAUUAUUGCCGCCCCUCUGUUCCCCCAAGCGUGUUUAUUGGCCAGAGAGGGCUCCCACAGUCAAUAUUUGGAUAGUGAAUCGGAAUGAAGGCCUCUUGGCCAUGCUCCAUCGGUGUGGGUUGUACGACGAUGCCUGUUUUGGGUGGUCCUUUCAGCCCAAGUGUGCUGCUCCCUCCACACUCUGCCCAGCUGAACCACCCGACUCUGAUGGAUACUGUGGUUUUGCCUGUUGCUCAUGCAAAAAGGCUCUGUCUACCCACCCACUUCCUGAACCCAUCCCUCAUCCAUCCCUGUUCUCCAACGAUGUCGUCUGUCCCAGGCCAGCUGCUAAUGAGCGGGGAGCGGGAAAAACGAGCGCUCUUAUCUACAUGACGUGUGCCAGGCUCCGUCCAGUGUUACGGCUCCAACAUGCAUUUAGCUCAUAGCGACGCAAAUGGAGCCCCCAAUUUCCAGCUUGCUUUCGGAUGGACGGCUCCCCCGCCCACCACCCGCCCCAACACGUCAGAUUUCACUGCGCCCCCCUUUCCUUGCAGUCUUCAUUACAAAAUAAUCCGACUGGAUUUCCCUUUGGUUUCCAAAUAAUCAAAUGAGCUCCCCCCCCCCCCCCCCUGAAUCAGAUGUGCCGGGGCUUUCCAGUGCAACCUGAGCACAGUCCACAGGGUUAUCCUAAUUGACUUAAUGCAUCCUAGUCAGUUUUUGGGAUUCCAGGCCCCUUAUUAAAGGGCAUCUAAUGAGAGGGGGGGCUGUGGGUUGCUGGGGCACUCUGCAGUCCGAAUGGAAGGUAGGUGUACUCGUACGAGCCACGCUAUGCGCAACCCCCACCUCGACGUUACUGGCCUUGCCUCGCUCGCUGUAUAAAAGACUAUAAUGGCUUCCUUCCUGACAUGAAAGGGUUGACGGUCAGUGUAAUAGAGACGUUGCUCUCUUGUAAUCACAGCGGAACAUGGAGGGUUAACAAAUGUAAAUAUUGAGCUUCCCCCAUCCCCCGGUUUGACAGGUCUGAAAUUACAGCGGGCUGUGAUUCAUUCUUAAAUGCUGACAUUUAUCAAACAUUUUGCCAUAUCCCGCAACACAAAAUGCACCGUAGAAGAAUUUGCUGUAUAUUUAUGAGGAUGACCUUGCCGAACACUUGUAUAUUAUUCUAAGUUACAUCUCGGCACACAUGGAUGGCAGAUUGAGAAUCACGGAGGAGAAGUGCCAGAAAACUCUCGGUAGAAUCAGCAGGACAAUAAAUAGUCCAAUCCCCACCAGGCCCGUGUCUUCCUAAACAUUCACCUUUUUUUUGUGGAAACGUAAUGAAAUGACCCUGCAGUAUUCCAUUAGCCAUAUUGUCUUUGCACGAUUCCAGUGGAAUGAGAAAAGGUUUCUGAAAAAUACCUUUCUGAGCCUCGAAGAUUGGACUCCAAUGCAGACCAUGGCGUUGUAGGUCCUAUUUUUCUCAAGUCGCUUUGAUCACGUCAAUCGAUUCCAACCCCAAAACCUUACAAGCUAGAGGUCUUAGCAGCUUCAAGCUUUGUGAUGUAGCCUACUUGGUCACACAAUUUAAUCAAGCCCUUUUCCCUGUCCCCAGUCUUUUUCAGGGGGAGUUGAGGUUCCCACUUGUACCCCUGGGUUCAGGGCAGGGGGCUCAGCUGUGACCCCUCGGGGCUACACACUGACCCGAACAUCCUGUAACUCCUCUCGCCCUUAGCCUAACUCUUCACCUCACUCCUAGCUAUUGUUUUUAUGUCAUUUUUUAUGACAUUUGGACUAUGUCUUUCUCCUGGAAAAAAAAUAGCAAACCUCUGAACAACACUGGACUAAUCAUCAUGCUGUAAUACCUAGCAGCUCCUUGGCUCACCUCGGAGUACCUCUCUGGGGAUGCAAUUCAGGGCCCUUGGGUAGCCUGCAUUGUCUCCAAUUUAGAGCCAGGAGGUGGAUGGGUCUCAAAAGUCUAAAGUGAAGUCAUCAACUCCUCGUCUCCUUUCCUUUGCCUGCGCUGAUCUGAACACAACUAUUUUUAAAGCAAUAUCGCAAAAGCCCAAGAGAGCCAGGAGAAUUGUUAAUUUUUUUAAUAAACGUGGGGAUGAAGGAAAUGAGACGAGGAAAUCCAGUUGAGACUACUGGGACCAUAGAUCGACACUGGAAAUUGAAAUUGUCAUAUACCCUAAGUAUGUCAUGCUAUUCACCACAGAAACGUUGUUGCUGUGUGCGGUUUAUACGUUUGUUGCCUGACGUUUCAGUAGACCCAUAAUUGAGGUUGAUAAAGUGGCUUUAUUACAUCAGUCUGGAAGCCAAUACUCAGCUCUGAAAUGGUCCAGUGGUGGGUAAAUUAAUGUUUCUUUAAUUAAUGACGCCCAAGAGGUUGGUAGGGUCUCUAACAGGUUUCACGCAGGCAACCCAUUCUUCUUUUCAAAGCCUUACUUUGAAGACUGUUAUUCUCCCACCCCCUCUUACCAGCUCCUUAUAACAACUCCAUAAAUCAUGUGCUUUGCAUGCAUUCCCUCAUUAAGCAAGUUAGGCAUCAGAGGGUUCGGCUGAAUUCCACGUUGCAGCGCAGCAGCCUGCCCUGCAGCCAGGCCAGGAGGUCUGUGAGGAGUUUAGAUCCAGCUCUUAGUCCCCGGCAUGAGAUUAGAGGCCCAUCAAACCCAGUUUCCACAAGACAUAAUAAAACAUUCUGGUACUUGUAUGUUUGGAGUAUACUCAGCAACACAUUGUUUACAAUGCGAAACCAGAGGGAACUGAGUAGAUAUUUUUCCUUGCAUAUUCUUCUGCAAGGAAAAGCAUGAUUGCAAAUUAUGACGUAUCCCUGACAACCUCUUAUCUGUAUGGAUUGACUAGGGGCUCCUAGUAAAAACCAUGAAAGGUCGAUAGAAAAGGAAUUGAUGCGCAACACUCAGGUCUCUGGGUACCACCUGCUCCCAAGAAGGAUAUGCGGCUUGGGUCUCCACCAGUGGCGGUCGAUGCCAUUUAAGAUUAGACUAUUUCUUUUUUUUAUGAGCAUUGCCUUAUUUCUAUUACAGCAUAUUGGAUGACUGUCAUUCAUAUUUCAUUCACCCAGCUCAAUGUAACAUCGAUAUGUUUAGGCUACUACAUUAUACUCGAAUUUGCCCUAUACCCAUCUUGAGGUUGCUACAACCUAGCCUACAAAUAAAAAUGUAUAACGUAGGUGCACAGGUCAAGAGACAAAUUGGAGUAAUCGAGGUGACAGACAGUGACACACACCGCCUUGCACACUCUUGCCUGCAUCUGGAUGAUCUAGGGUGUAAUCAUUAGUCCAAACAGUUGGAAAACGCUAAGUCUUGCAACUAAAACUAGGUUUUAUUGGACAAAUUCAGGUAGGUCCAUCCCCAUUUUGUGCUGUUUGCCCUCGUUUAAGAAAGGUUUUGCAACAGAAUUGGCGGAAUGAAUACACCCCUUAUCACCCGCACACACAGUUCACUUUCAUAGCAGCCAUACAAACAGCAUCACAUCUACACACUCUCCUCCUCUCACAUUUUCCCUUCGCUUGUGGACUUCAGUGCACAACACAACAGCUGUCUGUGACCAGGUGAAAGAAUCUCUCCAAGCCAAACCUUCAUACCUUAACCGCUACACACAGCCUACAUCGUUGUUACGAUAUUAGCUAACGUCAUAGUCAACAUAGCUACUAGAACUAACGCGCUAGUAAACCCACAAUCCAAACCAUGUGUACAAUCACACAGUAGUGUACAGCAAGCAUUUUAGCAGACACCGGCGGGCCCCAGCGACAAUACAUUUAUAAAAUCGAAAGCUUAUCUUGAAUUGGAAGUGUUGGAUAGCCUUAGCCAGCUAGCUAACAUACAUGUCAUUCCUCUCUGUUUGAGUCAGGUUGUUGAGUAGGCAAAAUUAGCUAGCUUAAGUGAAACUGAAACUGAAAAAGACAUACAACGAAAUAUCGCUCUCCUGCUUCUCCUUAAUUUUUAAAGAAAUUAAUUUGUUCAAAACUGUUAAACUAUUGUCUUUCUCUCUACUCUUCACAUUAUGCACUGCAGUGCUAGCUAGCUGUAGCUUAUGCUUUCAGUACUUUAUUAAUUAUCUGAUCAGAGGGACAACAUUGGAAGGUUGGAAGACGUCCUUCGGAAGUCGUCAUAAGUACUUUGUAAGUCUAUGGAAGGGGUGAGAACCUAGGAGGCUCAUUGUUUCGUAUUGAAGUCAAUGUACCCAGAGGAGGCCGGAAAAUAUCUGUCCUCCAGCUACCCCAUUGUGCUACCCUACAGAGUGCUGUUGAGGCUACUGUACACAUUCAUUGCAAAACAGUGUUUUAAUCAGUUAUUUGGUGACAUUAAUAUAUUUAGAAUAGUUUUAUCUAUAAAGGACAACUAAAAAAUUUUUUCCACUAUUUUUAUUUUUAUGAAAUUCACUGAGUAGGAUGGUCCUCCUGUGAGGAGCCUCCACGGCCAACGGAGCUUCCGUUACUGACUUUAUGAGCUAAUGGGAAAACCUGCCUCCUCACCCUUCCUCCAGCCACCGGACUCAAAACAAAUCGUGUUCUUGGGUCAGGGUGAAAAAUAGCAAAAAUAGGAGCGCGUUGGGCUUGUAGAGCCCGACUAGAGGCCCUAUAAAGGGCUGAUUUAUGCUCGCCGGACAGAGUGCACCAUGCAGACCAGGGACGGGUUUUCUUUUUAAUAUUUUCCUGGUUUUCUGAGGGGUUGAGGCUUUGCAAGUGGACAGCAAACAGAGCAGAGCCCGUGGGGGCUUCCGCAGUGCUCCACCAUGGCCGGCGGGCUGACUGAGCCGCGGCGUGAUCGUGUAGCCGCAGUGUUCACUGGGCCGAGGGGAACGCCACCCACAUUGCAGACGACGAUUAGACAUUUCAAUCCUCACACACUUUGCAAACCGCAGAGGGAAGGGAGGGGGAAAAAAUGAGGCAGCUUGUCAGAAAUUUUUGCUGGCUUCCUGAAGGAAAGGUAGAUAGAGUUGACAUUUGAAGUGUUAUUAUUAUUAUUCUUUUUAUUUUAUUUUUUAUUUUUUUUACAGUUUUUAGUUCUAUGUAGUUUAGUGUGUUUCUAAGCUGAAAUUAUUGAGUUGGCUUCUUUUUAUAAGCUGAAUGAUAAGAAGCUAGCCUGUAAUGAAAGACAGUUGGUCUGUUUUGAAGGGGAAGUUGUUGGAUAGUUUACACUGUCAUGUAGCGGGAGUGUGAUAUCUCCGGCCCCGUAAAAGCAGGUGUUUCGAUCUGGAGGCCAGAAUGACACAUUGGUUCAAGAGUUUAACUUGAAAAGGGCCAUAAGUGUAGUAGUUGUUACCGAAUACUGUAGUAAAAUAACUUCACUGCCACAGCCUGUUACUAAAAUAAACAACGGGUUUAAGUCCACAGGAGUGUGGGUGGGUGCCAUCUAGUGUGUGUGUGUGUGCCUGCAGUGCCACACACACACCAGCCUGCAGACCCAGCUGAGUAAACAUCCCUGGCCCUCACUGUGCCAAGGGGAAGCCCUCCACUCCCCUCCCCUCCCUCCCAUCCUGGGGCUGAGGGGUGACUGUGGCAUAGCAGAGCAGGACUCCCCAGCCACAUACCAUACAGAGGAGGCCUUCACCAGCCAGUCCCCCCACAUUAGCCAGCAUAAUUCAGCCACGCGUUUGAUAUUUAUAUACACAGCCUAGGUUUGUAUAAUUCCUGCCUAACAUUUUUAGCCUUGAAAUCCUAAACCACUAAAUGCAGCCCUGUGACUGGCUCUGUACAUUUGAUACUUUUUAUGUGAUUCGGUUGAAGUAGCCUCUGGUAGAGUUGAGGAGUGUGUGCAUGCACAUUUGCAAGUGUGUGGCAGUGGUAAAGAAUUUGAGCAUUAUUACAGACAUCCAAAAAGUAUGAAGAGUUGCUUUCCAGCACAUCAUUUCAUCACUUCGUGGGACAAUAAAACUAGAAGAGCCGAGUGAGUCAUUUUGACUCUAUGAAUUUUUAAUUCAAAUAUCUCUGCCAUUUUUAAAGUCAUGCCCCCCUCCGUCCUUGACUUAAAUAACUAUAUUUUGAUAUCACAAACAGAAUGUGUCUAAGCAGUUUUAAGAUGAUUUGUUUUGUCCUACAGAGUGACAAGAUGUUUUGAUUUCUAUAUAAUAUCAGAUAUAGCAGAUUUCGGAGGUUUCUAUUGGCAAAUACCAAAAAACUAAUAUUUGCUGUCUGCUGUUACCCAAGACCUUCAUAAACACAACCAAAGGAUUAAAAAAAUUAUAUAGCAUAUAUGACAUUUAUUUAUUAGACUGUUAGGAUGUUUCAGGCAAAAUGACUGCUCAUUUGCUCAAAGAGGUGUCCCUUGAGUCCCUGCUUUAUUUUAGUGAUAAAGGCUUGCUUAACUUGGCCUCAGAAACGCUGAGAAACAUCAAGCAGUAGAAGGGAAUUGGUUUUCUCCCAUUCCACGGCCACCCUAUAGACUUAAAAAUUCAAGAUCAUCAAUCUCUUUUUGGUUCUCUCCUCCACCUCUCCAUCCAUCUUUUUUCUCCUCUCAUGGAUGUGAUUUUUCUGGAAUUAAUCAAGAUUUCCUGCAUUUCGAAAUGUAUCCUCCAUUCACAUAUAAUUGAAACUGAUUGAGCCAAAAUCCAGUUUUUUUAUGUUGUAGUAACAAUCUUUCUUGGCUUCUCUCCUCCAUCCAUCUAUCCACCCCUUCUCUCUAUCCCUCCAUCCAUCCCUCCCUCCUUCUCUCCAGACCCAGAGCCUGGUGUCGGAGGCAUCCAGGAAGAAGGAGCGGGACCUGGUGUCCAGGGAGAUUGAGCGGCUGCGCUCGUCCAUCCAGACGGUGUGCCGCAGCGCCCUGCCCCUGGGCAAGAUCAUGGACUACAUCCAGGAGGACAUGGACGCCAUGCAGAACGAGCUGCACAACUGGAGGAGGGAGAACAAGGAGCAUGCACAGGCCCUGCUGCAGGAACAGAGGUUAGAGGGCUACACACACAUCAUACAUGAACACACACACAUCAUACAUAAACACACACACAUCAUACAUGAACACACACACACUAAAGCAGGGUUCUCCAACCCUGUUCCUGGAGAGCUACCGUCCUGUAGGUUUUUGCUCAAAUCCUGCGCACCUGACUAAUAAUUAGUUGGUUGAUAAGCUGAAUCAGGUUAGUUACAACUGGGGUUGGCGCGAAAACCUACAGGAGAGUAGCUCUCCAGGAACAGGGUUAGAGAGCCCUGCACUAAAGCCUGGAGGAAGGAAAACAAGGAGCACACACAGGCCUUGCUGCAGCAACAGAUCUGAAAGACCACCAACACACAUUCUCACACACACACGACAUGGCGUACGUUAUAUAUUGGCGUGCAUAUCUUUUCCAGAGUGACGGACAGCGCGGUGGAGCCUCUGAAGGCCGAGCUAGCCGAGCUUGAGCAGCUGAUCAAGGAGCAGCAGGACAAGAUCUGCGCCGUCAAGUCCAACGUCCUGAAGAAUGAGGACAAGAUCCAGAAGAUGGUGACCAGCAUCAACUUCUCCUCGCGAAUA